AUGGUUUGGUUUUGCUUCCGAGCAGAAUGUCCCACGGUGCGCUGGAGAUGUCUGCCUGUCAUCCUCCUGCCUCGCGCGCUCUGCAACAGGAGGUCUGCAGCCUUCAGCUUGAAGGAGAAGCGCAGACAGCAGCUUAGAGACGGUGGUCGGAGCUAGAGACCCGCGUUUGCAUCUGCCAGCUGCUUUUUUCCCUAGGUAAUGCUGACACGAUUUGCUUGUCCGUUUGGGGUUUCCCCACCUUACAGCCAUUCGCAAUUUCCCCAUUUUAAUUUCCUAGUCCCCCCAGUAGGCACUGUUGUUGUUUAUUUAGACUUGCUUAGACCGGUUUAGACCUCUGCUGGGACUUGGUGCAUUUUCUCCUCCCAAUUUUGUAUAUGUGUAUGGGGGGGGGGAUACACUUAAUGCUCCAGUUUUCCCACUUGUUAAGAAACAUCUAUACCAUUUGAAUGAAACUGUGUUCAUUAUUUGUCAUCAUUUCCCCCUCAAUAAUUUUUACCUCAUAACUUGAGCAUCUUAGAACAUACCAUUUCAAUACACUUUUUCUUUUCUUUUCUUUUUUUCUUUCUUUCUUUCUUUCUUUCUUUCUGACAAGGAAACAACUUCAGAACAGCCCAAGAGGCUACUUUGUGUUCAUAUCUUGACAUUUUAAAACUAAAACUGUGAAACUACUUGCGGAAAGAAAAUUCAGCAAUAUUUCUCUCUCCGGGUAACUAGCAGGUGUGAAGAAGAGGGAAAUGACUUUUCCUGAUUGUAAAUUGUUUUAACUGUUUUUAAUACAGUACUGAAUUGUAAAUUGUUGUAACCUACUCUGGGACCUAAUGGCACCAAGUGAUGGUGGUAGUAACUUUCAUUGUUGUGGUUGUUGUUGUUGUUGUUAACAGAGAGACUUGUAGCGCUCUAAAAACUAACAGAUUUAUUUUGUCUAGAACCUGUUUCAUCAGAUGUUCAAAUUGUUUCCUCAGGUAGCCAAAAUAUGUGUGCCUGAGUACACAUGUGGACAUCCAUGUACAGCGGGGGGGGGGGGGGAGAGAUGUGUAUGUUGGGUCCAAAAGGUCAGGAAUUAUAUAAGUCUAGUCGAUCUGUAGCAAUUUUAUGCAAAGCUUUUAUACAUUGUAUACAUUGCCUAGAUGCAACCACCAAUAACUAUCUGUAAUAGGACUUACCAAGCUUGUCUGUGUUAAUUUCAUCCCUACUGUGGCUAAAAAAUCUCAGGUCUCACUUAAGUCCUAAAAUGAAGUAGAAUCUAUUGUUUCCCAAAAUACUAGCAAGUGUUGCAUACUGGGAAAUUGGACAAUUACCAGUUACAAGAGGCAUUGUUACCCGGUUGAUACCUGAUUUUUGUGUUCCCAACCGUAUAAAUCCUAGAAAGAUUGGGUCCAGCUCUUCUGUGAUUUAUUUUAUCUGCAUUAGUCUUAGUAGAAGCCUUUUGGGAAAGUCACAGAUCAGUGACAGAGGGCACAUUUUGCAAUGCAGAAGGUCCUAAGUCCAGUCCCUGGAAUAGCUAAGUAGGGCUGGAAAGAUGUCUGUAAACUUAGGCAGUCAGAACAGUCAGUACAGAGCAGACAAUAUUGUGUGUCUAUUGGUCUCAGUUUGUACUCUGACAUCUCCAUGUAAUGAAGAGAGAACUUGGGGAGCAAGACUAGGAAAGAUUCUGUGAUUCUGGGGAGGUGUUGCCAUCUUUAAUGACUAAAGAGAUGGAUGAGUUGCCUGGUCUGGCUCAGGAGAGACUUCGGAAUCUCUUAGCAAGUGAGGGAAGAAAGCCUGUUGUACUUUCUGCUCCUCCGUUUAUUUGUUUGGAACAUUCAAAUGUUGUUGUUGUUACCCUGCCCAUCUGGAGAAUAUGUCCUCUUUCCUUACUUGGAGAGGUACACAUGCUGUUUUAAUACCUGGAGUGUACACAACUCUCAUAUAGAGUGAAAAUCACUGUUUUCAAACUUCUAAAAAUGCUUUUGCUGUAAACUAUUUGUUAUACCAUUGCUUUAGUUUCUUAAAAGAGGGCCAUUGGGGUUCACAUGUACCCCAAAGUUAUUCAUUAGACCUAUGAAUGCCCAACACCCUAAUCAAGGGUGCUUGGAAAAGUAAUUCAUUGGGGAAUAAACUACAGUUCCCAGACUCUUUGGUGGAAGCUAUGGGCUUUAAUUCAAAUGUCUGGGAUUGUAUCCAAAGUAGCACUAUGGGAACAGUCCAACAGUGCAAGGAUUUCUGCUUGCACAAUGGAAUGUUCUCCCUCCAUACUCCCACUGCACCCCCUAAAUUUGUUCUAUGGGUUCCCACAACCCUCCAGGGCAGAUUUGGGGAAGGCAUGGAGUGUACAUGUAGGGAGAAGUGAGGGUUCAUUGCACAAGCAUAAAUCCUUGUGCAAAUGUAGGAAUGGGGACCCUCCAGCCCACAGGCCAGUCCCGACCCAGGCUUCCCCAUUUGGCCUGCAAGGCCACCUACCCACCCUACACCCAACAUUGUGCAAGUAACAUUGUGCUUGAUUUGCUUCCAAUUUGCCCAACAACAAGGCUUUGAAGCACUGCACAGAGCAGGAGGCCCGGGCUAUGCAGGAUCACCCCCCCCAACACACACACACACACACACACACACACACACAUCAACUGAUGCCAACAGCAAAUGAUCCUGCUUGAUCUGUGUAUAUGGGAGAGCACCCAAUCCCAGCACCAAGCAACCUCCCCCUGUCCUUCAGCUGAUGUGAAAGGAGGACAACCUUUCCUUGGUCUGGGUGUAUUUUCUGCCUUUAUUACAGCAGUUCAUUCACUGCAAAGGGGUUUCAGUGAAACAGCUGCUGAAACAAACGGGGGCUGCCUGCUUUUUGUCUUUGGGAAAGGGGGCUGAGAAGCCAAGGGGUUGAGGAGCCCUGGUGGUUCAGCAUGUCCAAGAUGUUGCAACUGAAUGAGAUAAAAGUCAGUUCUGCUUUUUGAAGCCCCAACUUCGGGACCUCAGAGCACCAAAUCCCCUGGUGCCAUUUGUGACAUCAGAAAAUUGAUAGAUGGGUGGCCCCACUCACCUGUCGAAUUUGGCCCAUGCAGACAAAACGGUAAAGGAAUGAGUGAAUUAGAUACUGCCCAUAGUCUGACUAAUUUACCAUUCAUCCCAUUAUUCUGCUUUGUCUGGCAAUGGUCUCAAUCAGAGUGGAGUCUUUAUAAUUAAAGUGCUACCAGAUCAUUUUAAGUGGGGAUGCCAGUGAUUGAAGCAGGGGUCUUCUGAUUUUGCUGUGUCAUUGAACCUUCUCUUAUGCGCAAGGGCUGGUGGUGGUCACUCAUUACUCAGUGCUGAAGGUAUUCUACAUAUGGCACAGAGCUAUAUCUAAGUAUUGAUAGUGGGGUCAUCCCUAGCAUGGAUCAGGCCUUCUUGCCUGGACAAAACAUUGGCUGUAAAAAGAAAAUCCAGGCUGGAAAAAUCCCUACAGAGUAGCCAUGGCAUAUUCAUAUCUAAGAGCUGAAUCAGUGUAAAGUCUAUCUUGCCCACUAUUUAUGCAUAUGUGGGACCAUUGCUAAUGUGGAAGAGAAAGUGGGAGAUCAUUGUAAUUCCAGCUGCUAGUCUGCGUUACAAAUCACUUUGAGCCUGUAGUGUGAAAAUGUCCAUAGAUUUGUUCUCACUGUGUAGCCACAAGCUUUUCUGUCUACAUCAGAUGAAAAAGGAAAACAUGGAGAGACUUCUUUUGAAAUAUGUGGCAUUGUCCCUAUAUUGAGACUGCAGGGUUGUGAUUCACAAAACCACCAGGCAGCAAUAGCAUUCUUGCACUGAGAGUCAGAAAGGAUGGCGUAAUGUGUGGGGGGGGGGCCUGAGGAGGCCAUUGCCCCUGGUGCCAUUUAGCAACCUGCCCCAUUGUGAGCACUUGCGUCCUUCUCAGCACCCUCCAGCUAGAGGGCAGCUGAGAAUGAUGCAAUAGGUGUGCCCCCUGGCCCCUGUGGGCCCAGCGCUGCUUUUCCUAGUGUUCUGCUUGCUGGGAGGGUGCCCUGAGCUGUUGCAUCCUUCACACGGAGCCCUCCUGCUGGGGGGCAGCUGAGAAGGAGGCAACAGGCAUGCGCCCUGGCCCCUGCAAGCAGUGCCAUAGUGCUGCAUUCACAGGGACCAAGGCACAGCCCUGUUGUGUCCUUCUCAGCCGCAAUGCAACUGGAGGAUGCCAUGAGAAGUACACAAAAGCUCACGGCACCCUCCCUGCGAGCCCAGCACUGCUUCCAAAAGGUUUGCAGGGCCGAGUUGCAUGCCUGCUCGCAGCACCCCACAAGCCCAUUUUUGUGAGUCUUGCAAAGCAACACUGGGCUUGCAGGGCACCGUGAACUCAUCCCAUUUUGCAGCAGUGGGCAGGGGUCCCUCCUGUGGUGCGCCCUGCCCCUGCUCCCACAGCGUGCCCUGCAUGCGCCCUGGUGUGCACCUGCUCCGGACACAGGUGGGGGAUGCUCCACCAUUGGUCAAAAACAAUGGGGUUGAGCAACAGCAUCUACUGAGCAAGCAAUAUACUAGUAAACAGAAGUUAGUGCUGCAGAUGAUAAGGAAAAAUCAGUCAAGUUGAUUCCCAGGUCACAGAAAACCUUUGCAGUCUGGACAUUACAGCAGCAUUACAGGAGCCAUGGCUUUUAAAAUAAGCUUCCUUUUCUUUUUUUCUUAUUUAGGAGUUAGCAUAUCUAUCCUGCAAGGAGCACAAGAAGAAGAAGUCCCUGUUUGGAGCUAUGACCAACAUUUGUUAAUAAGCUUACAUCCUGGAGGCAGUUGGCGCAACGCUGAGAAUCUUACGGCUUCAGCAAACUUUGUUCCACAUCUCAAGACUGUGAUGCACAUCUCUGAUGAUAACAAAAGCAAAGCUUAAUUGGAAACAUCCUUGUGGUCUUCCACUAUUCCAACUUUAAACAUAUUUGAAAAUCAAGUAUGAUAAAGACCCAAAUAAAUGGGAGAAAAGAGAAUGUUCCUGCCAUUUGUGUCUAAUGAGACAAAUUUAAAUGGACGCACUUCAGAUGUUGAUGGCCUUUCCACGAACUCAGAUAUUUUCCUUUGCUACAAACCCAAACAUAUUUCCCUUGCUUAGUGGCAGAAAGCAUUCUGUAACCUGAUGGCUCUUUUUUUUAACAGCCCAACAGAAACUUGGAAAGAGAUCUUUGACCCCUUCUGCAAUACUGUGUCAUCAAGCAUCCCACAAGAUCCAGAGAACAUCAAGGAGAGCGUCCUAAAGAGAGUCUUCCAAAUUGCAGCAGUAUUUUUAUUUGGCCUAACUGGAACAGAUACCAAGGAAUAAAUGUGGAUUUUCAAAUAAGUUUCCCAGUCAGAGGUGUCCUUCCAGGUUCUGCAUUUAUAAAGCAAGAACCACAUUUCCAGUUAGUUUUUAUCAACAAUGUGGAAAUAAAGCUUCUUGCAACACUACCAAAUAUUUGUUCUUCGCUCUUUCAAAGAAAGGGCAGAGUAAAUCACAAACAACACUGGAUGAACAUUAACCAGUAUUGAUAUAAUGGCUUUGAACUCCGAGAACAUCUCUGCCUCUGACUGCUUCAACUGCACCCAGCCUGUGGAGGAAGUAAACAUUUCAAAAGCCAUAUUAUUAGGUGUUAUCUUGGGGGGGCUGAUUGUUUUUGGAGUCCUGGGUAACAUUUUGGUUAUCCUGUCAGUAGCCUGCCACAAGCACCUGCAAAGCGUAACUCACUAUUACAUUAUCAACUUGGCUGUGGCCGACCUCCUGUUGACUUCGACAGUCCUCCCUUUCUCUGCUAUUUUUGAGAUUUUGGGGUACUGGGUUUUUGGGAGGAUCUUCUGCAACAUCUGGGCAGCUGUGGAUGUUCUAUGCUGCACAGCUUCCAUCAUGAGCCUUUGUGUCAUCUCUAUAGACCGAUACAUUGGGGUGAGCUACCCGCUAAGAUAUCCAGCCAUAGUGACUGAAAAGAGGGGCCUGCUGGCCCUUCUGUGUGUCUGGGCACUGUCCCUUGUGAUAUCAGUAGGGCCCCUCUUUGGCUGGAAACAGCCAGCUCCAGAAGAUGAAACCAUCUGUCAGAUCAAUACUGACCCUGGUUACGUCUUAUUCUCUGCCCUGGGCUCCUUCUACCUCCCCUUGAUCAUCAUACUGGCAAUGUACUGCCAGGUCUAUGUGGUGGCAAAAAGGGAAAGCAAAGGACUGUCUUGCGGCCUCAAAACAGAGAAGUCCCAUUCAGAGGAAGUGACUCUUCGCAUCCACCGCAAAACCACCACAGAAACCACUGGAUCAACCCCCAGCACCAAGCACAAAUCCAACUUUUCCGUGAGGCUCCUGAAGUUCUCCAGGGAAAAGAAAGCAGCUAAAAGUCUGGGGAUUGUGGUGGGAUGCUUCAUACUCUGCUGGCUCCCCUUCUUUAUCAUCAUGCCCAUUGGUAAGUCAAGCAAAUGCAUUUGGUCACAAAGGGGGUGGGGUUGCGCAACUAUUGUGGUGAAUUGCAUUAAUGUCCACGAUUCUGCAUCAGAUCCUCUGGUGAUUGUAAAUGAGAUAUUUGGUGCUCAUGUAACUCUGGGACAGCUAGGGAACAAAUCCAUUGAGGAUAAGGCCAGUGCUUUAUUUUUAGGGGAAAAGGUGCCUGUACUCACCAUGAAGUUGUUACAGUAAGUGCCACACUUUUAACAUUUUGGGGGGGAACGGUGCUGGUGUUGAGUAUCCUUGAGCAGCCCCAGGAAAAAAGGCACUGGAUAAGGCUAUCUGGGGCUACAGGCCAUCAUGGCUAAGUUCCUUGAAGGCAGUAUGCUGCUGAAGACCAAUAGCUGGGAAUUUCCAGCAAGGUGAGUUUUGUCACACUCAAAUCCUGCCUUGAGGCUUCCCAUAGGGCAAUAUGGUUGGCCAAUGCGAGAACAGGAAGCUGAACUGAAUGGAUUUUGGUUUGAUCCAGUAGGGCUUUUCUUAGACUCAAACUAGACGUGACAGCCACUGCGGCAUUUUAGCUGCAUGUCCUUCUCAUUCACAUCUAAAUUGUGGUACAGUGGUGCCCCGCAAGACGAAUGCCUCGCAAGACGGAAAAACCGCUAGACGAAAGGGUUUUCCGUUUUGAAGUUGCUUCGCAGGACGAAUUCCCCUAUGGGCUUGCUUCGCAAGACGAAAAUACCUUGCGAGUCUUGAGAUUUUUUUCGCUUUCCCCCUUUAUCUAAUCUGCUAAGCCUUUAAUAGCCUUUAAUAGCCUUUUAGCAGCUAAUCCCUAAGCCUUUAAGCCUUUAAUAGCCGCUAAACAGCUGAUAGCGCUAAUAGCGCUAAUCCGUCAAUGGGCUUGCUUCGCAAGACGAAAAAACCGCUAGACGAAGACUCUUGCGGAACGGAUUAAUUUCGUCUUGCGAGGCACCACUGUAUAUGGGUUCCGUUUAGAAGGAGUGCACAGCAGAGGGCAGGAGUGCUGUGGGUGCCUGGCCCCUUCAUGGGGAAUUUUGUGGGUGCUCAGGCACCCAGGGCCCCAGGGAGUUGACACCUAUGGCAGAGGGAAACUGAGCUCUCCCUUUCCUUUCCUGUGGUCCAUUAUCCCAUGCUCUUUUCUUUCCCAGCUUCCAGUCCUCGAACUGGAGAAAAAAUGGGAAGGCACAACUUUGCACAACUAACAAUGGGGAACUGAGACAAGGAAAGGGGGUGGUUCUCCCCCACUCAUGCUUGGCCCCCUUUUGAUGUCAGACUAAGAUCUCACAGUCUAUUUGAUAUGUUAACAGCAUGGGCAUAGGGCUGAACUGCUUUCAUUGUGCUGAGUUUGCCCCAAAGGACGAAGGAUGUCUAUAUAGGAAUAAACCCCACAGAAUGCCCUUGCUUUUAGUAAAGAGACCUAGGACCAGGCUGCAAAGUAUUUUAAAACUAACCUGAUAUAACUAACUGGCUGGAAGCUAUCCUCUUUGUGGUUUUCAAAAGUCCAUCAUUGCCAAUGAAGUACCAAAUCUGAGUUGGUACCUUAUUCUAGUGCCUGUGGAGAAGUGAAUUUUCUUGAUUAUUUCAGAAGAAAUCUUUCCUUGAUAAUCAAUGUGUUUGGUUCAGACAUCUGCUCAAUGUACAAUCUGUAUACGUCAAACACUCAAAUCAUAAUUCUGGAUGCAAGCUGGUUUAGGGCUUACUCCCAAAUGCAUUUGCAUGGUCCUAUUUUAUCUAUCUACUGGUAUUUAUUUAUCUAUUUAUUUAAUAAAUUUAUACACUGCUUGAUUGCAAAAAAUCUCAAAGCAUUUACAAAAAUACUUGCUUUCUCAACACUUGAUGCUUAUAGCUCGUUGGACUAGAGCUAAAGUGAUUUUGGAUCUCUGAAAGCCAAUUCACUCAGUGUUGCAAGCAAAAAACAUACGUGUGUGAACCAAUUUGGCUUGACCUUUAUUUAAUGGCCCCAAUCCAGACAUAUGUGAAAGCAGCAGUUGUUGCAAAUCCAUUACCUUCUUCUUUUUUAUAAGAUAUUUAUUAGGAUUUUCAAAAUAUUACAAAAUAGAAAAAGAAAAAAGAAAAGUACAAAAUAAAAAUAGUUAAAAACAAUUCAGUCUUUCAAUCACUUAUCUUUCAUUUGCUUGUUUCCCGGACCUCCUCAUACCUCCCUUUUUUGUAUUCCAGUUCAGUUUGUUGGUUCAGCAAAUCCUUACCCUCUUUAUUUGUCCUAAUCUUUGGUCUUAAAAUAGUAACGUUAGAUUUUUACCUCUUAACAACCCAUUUUUCAUAUUCCCUUAAAGCAUUACAGCUGGAAACCACUUAAUUUCUAUCCAACAUCGUUCUAACAUUCAUUAAUUUUACGAUAUUUCUGUAGCUAGUCUUUGAACUUCUUCCAAUCUUCUUCCACCGACUCUUCUCCCUGGUCUCGGAUUCUGCCAGUCAUUUCUGCCAGUUCCAUAUAGUCCAUCAGCUUCGUCUGCCAUUCUUCCAGAGUGGGUAGAUCUUGUGUCUUCCAAUACUUUGCAAUGAGUAUUCUUGCUGCUGUUGUGGCAUACAUGAAAAAAGUUCUAUCCUUCUUUGGCACCAAUUGACCGACUAUGCCCAGGAGAAAGGCCUCUGGUUUUUUCAAGAAGGUAUAUUUAAAUACUUUUUCAAUUCAUUGUAUAUCAUUUCCCAGAAAGCCUUAAUCCUUGGGCACGUCCACCAAAGGUGAAAGAAUGUACCUUCAGUUUCUUUACAUUUCCAACAUUUGUUAUCGGGCAAAUGAUAAAUUUUUGCAAGCUUAACUGGGGUCAUGUACCACCUGUAUAUCAUUUUCAUAAUAUUCUCUCUUAAGGCAUUACAUGCCGUAAACUUCAUACCUGUGGUCCAUAACUGUUCCCAGUCAGCCAUCAUUAUGUUAUGUCCAACAUCUUGUGCCCAUUUAAUCGUAGCAGAUUUCACCAUUUCAUCCUGAGUAUUCCAUUUCAACAGCAAGUUAUACAUCUUUGACAAAAUCUUAGUUUUGGGUUCUAAUAGUUCUGUUUCUAAUUUUGAUUUUUCCACCUGGAAACCAAUUUUCUUAUCCAACUUAUAUGCCUCCAUUAUCUGAUAAUAAUGAAGCCAAUCUCGCACUUUGUUUUUAAUUUCUCAAAACUCUGCAAUUUCAGUCUAUCUCCGUCUUGUUCCAAAAUUUCCCAAUAUUUCGGCCAUUUGGCCUCCAUAUUGAGCUUUUUCAGGGCUUUUGCUUCCAUCAGUGACAACCACCUUGGAGUUUUAUUUUCCAAUAAGUCCUUGUAUCUUAUCCAGACAUUAAACAAUGCUUUCCUGACAAUGUGAUUUUUAAAUGCUUUAUGUGCUUUGACCUUAUCAUACCACAGAUAUGCAUGCCAUCCAAAUACAUUGUUAAACCCUUCUAGAUCCAAAAUGUCAGUGUUUUCAAGAAGCAACCAUUCUUUCAACCAGCAAAAAGCUGCUGAUUCAUAGUAAAGUUUAAAGUCUGGCAGGGCAAAUCCACCUCGUUCCUUUGCAUCUGUUAAUAUUUUAAAUUUUAUUCUAGGCUUCUUGCCCUGCCAGACAAAUUUAGAAAUAUCUCUCUGCCACCUCUUGAAACAGUCCAUUUUGUCCACAAUUUGCAGUGUUUGAAACAAAAACAACAUUCUAGGCAAUACAUUCAUUUUUACCGCAGCAAUACGGCCCAGCAUUGAAAGCUUCAAAUUUGACCAAAUUUCUAAAUCUUUUUUCACUUCAGCCCAGCAUUUUUCAUAGUUGUCUUUAAAUAAAUUCCCCAUUUUAGCUGUCAUGUUAAUCCCCAAGUAUUUAACUUUCUUAACCACUGUUAAACCUGUCUCAUUCUGAAACCUCUCUCUCUCCAUUGGUGUUAAAUUUUCUCUAAAACCUUGGUCUUUAACUUAUUCAACUUAAAUCCUGCAACUUGACCAAAUUCUUGAAUCAGUUCUAAAACUCUUUUAGUACUAGAUUCUGGCUCCUGUAACGUCAAAUCUAAGUCAUCUGCAAAUGCUCUCAAUUUGUACUGUUUGGCUCCAACCUGUAUACCUUUAACCAACCGGUCCCUUCUAAUCAUGUUCAGCAGAACCUCCAGGACCGAUAUAAAAAGCAAUGGGGAAAUUGGGCAACCUUGUCUUGUCCCUUUUUCUAUCCUAAAUUCUUCCGUCACCAUGUUGUUAACAAUUAAUUUAGCCUUUUGUUCUGAAUAAAUUGCACUUAUACCGUUUCCAAAGCCUUGACCUACCCCCAUCCCCUGUAGAUUCAUUACCUUCUUGAGGAGAUAAUUGGCAAGGUCGUGAGCAGAGUGUACCUGCUCUGAGUUCAACUCCUGUCCCAACACAUUAAUUGUUUCUACCAUUAUUUGAUUGGGGCUAGAACUAUGUGUACAAUCGGGGCCACUGGAUAUGAGGAAUCUCUCUUCUCCUCUGCUUUGGCCACUUGGAUACGGAACCGUGUUUCUGUAUGUAAAUCACAAUUUACUGCUAUCAAAAUGCACAGGUUUUUAAAAUGGGAAGUUAUAUAUAGUUACCUGAAGGUGUAAUACACAUUGACUGAAUUACCUGAAUAUGCAGUACUUGUUGGAAAUGUCAUAUUCUUGGUGAUUAUUUUCAGAAAAGGGGGUCUCUUGAAUUUUGAAACUUGGAGACCUAAAUAUAUUUUCACAUAUCUAGCGCAUAGCUUUAAAAGGAUCAUUUGUGAAGUUAUGUUUCUGAUAAACAUCAGACUUCUUCACAUUAUGGGUGGAAGGUGCUAUAUACAAGCAAACCAGUGGCAUGCACCCAUAAUUGAGAUAUAUGAUCCUAACUGUGCUUAUUUUAGAUCAUGGGAAAAUAGAAGGUAUGUUGAGUAAGUUGUCUCAGUCUAUUCUCAUUAGUAUAAUCAUUACAAUUGUAGAAAAUUUGGGAAGUGAGCACAAUGGAGAUUUUCUCUCUGUUUUUUUUUUUUUUUAAGUAUGCCAACAGAAGAAAAUACAGAUUUCCACAAAACUAAUUGCUGGCCAAGAACUAUAUGCAGAUUUUUCUCCUAUUUAGGGAAUAGUCUGAAUGAAGAAUUGCUUACUAAUCCUGGAUAUUAGAUUAGUUCUAGUUUAAACUUGUUAGAGCACUAGAAUUGCCAGCAGGCUAAAUCCUUAGGUGUGGCCAAGCGAACUGCCGUUCUUUUCCAGGGGGGUGAGUGGGAAUUAAACAGCUUUGAAAUGCUGUAAUGUAAUUCUGUACAGUGCUAAUGCCAAGUCUGAUUUAACAAGGCUGCUCGCAAGGGGUCAGACUCAAUUAAUUUUAAAGAAACGUUAAUCUACUCUCUUCCACUCCACACUUCUUAUUUGUUCAUUGGUUUUAUGAAUUUUGUGGCUGGGAGAUCCUAGGGCUGGGGUGCUUGGGAGGGUAGAAGGAUACUUAAAGGAAGUCUCUAAAUCUCAGGGAUGUGGUUUUGAGCCCCACGUUGGGCACACGAUUCCUGCAUUGCAUGAUCCUUGUGGUCCCUUCCAAUGCUACAAUUCUGUGAUAUAGUUUUACGAGGAGGGGUUAGGUGGGGUGGGAAUGAUUAAAAUUAAAUUAAAAUUUUGGGCCAAAUCUUUUAGAUAUUUUUACUGAAUUGUUACAUUCAAAUAGCAAACUGUAUAAAAAGAGGGUUUUUGGGAAAAGCGCCACACCAUAAUGCUCCCUGUGCUAGUUAUGAUUUGGUUAACUGUCCUGAAUAAAGUCAGACAGAAAUUAUUUAGGUACAGUUCCUUGGUGAGUAAUUGAGUUCAUUAUUUUCAGCUGAGAGUAUACAUAAGCGUUUCUUGAAUUAUUUAUUGAUUUUAAUUAAUAUUCAGUUGUUUGGCAUCCCUGGGGUAUUCACUCUGUGACUCUUUGUUCAUUUAUCGCCUCCUCGUCUAUCUAUUACGGAAACACCCCUGAAAAAACAUGUAACAUGAAUAAAUGUAACUGUUGACCUUUCCCCCUCCCCACAGAAAAGUAUAAUUAAGCUAAUUUUUUUUAAAAAAUUAAAAUUAUGCAGCCCCAUAGUUUUGCAACAACUUAUUCACAAAGCAGAAUCAUAUGUGCCUCCAACAAGAUGAAAUAGGGAUUUUUUGGUACUUUUUGUAAUACAGGAAGAACAGUUCUUAUCUGGAUAAGCUUGUCUGUUGGUUGACAAUUAUCAGCUAAAUUUCUUAAAGUGAUCAUUUCCUUAUAAUUCAAGGUAAAGAAAAAAAUACAAGUUAUUGAGAAAUAUUAUGCUAAUCAACCUGCCAGCCUGAGAAACUUAUUAACACAUAAGAAUUAAUGUAACUUAUCAAAACCCACUUAUAUGUGUCUACUCAGAAGUAACUGCCACGGUAUUCUAUGAGGCUCAAUCCCAUCUCUACCAAGUACAUUUAGGACUGCAUGAAAACAUUUACUUCUAAUAAGUCUAAUUUGAGCAUAUUUAUUUCUUCAUUUUACAGACGCUCUCUUUUAUAGGCUUUACUAACAAACAAUUGAUAUCUACUGACAUUUACAAAUGAAUUGGCACAAUCCUUGUGUGUCUUCUCAUGUGUAAGCCCCAUGGAAGUGGACGGGAAAUAUAGAAGGACAGGGCAAAAAGGAAAGCUGCUUUAUACCAUUGGUUCAUCUAGUUUGGGAUUGUCUACACUGGCGGGAAAUGACUCUCCAAGAGCUCCAAAAUAUCUCUGUAGAUGUUAUCAAAAUUGCGAGGUAGCACCCAUUCAAUAUCCAAUUGCAAAUAAUUCAUAGUUGGCUUCAUAUAAAGUUAAAUGAUAUCUAACAAUUUUUGUUUUUAUAUCAAUUCCAACAUUUCUUUUCUGAUAUUUAUAUAUUGAAUUUUCUGAUUUCAAUGCUGCAUAUAUAUUUUACCAACACUGAAAAGAGUCUCUACAUUUAGAUAGCGCCAUCCCAGACAUUCUUAUAAUAUGAUACCUUAUUGAUAAACUGAAUUGAUGAUUGACAAUGAUGGUUUAUAACCAUAAGGAUUUCCAGUGAUGUCUGUAAGUUUUUGUUUUUCAAGAAAGACAGAUGCUUUUCAAUUACAUGUUUUCAUUUAAACACUCAAGAAAGCUUAGAAAGUGAACAAUGCAGCUAUUGAAUUCAAAAAGCUGUAAUCACAUUUCACAUUUCAUUCUUUAGAACAAUUAUUGGGCUCUGACUAACGGCUUGUGGACAAGGUUUUCUCUGCUCUGCAGAAGGUAAAGUCCUGAACAGACUAGCUUUCAAUGCCUGGGCUGUAAUGAUGUUGGAAUGCUGGUUGCCAAACAGCCACAAACAUACCCAAAAAGGAUUAGAAAGAGAAGGAGAGACAUAACAUUCCCCCUUCUAUCUGCUUACAUGGAGCCUGCAAUCAAGCUGUUGCCAUAGAGUCCUUGGGUUGAGCUUUAAGAAAUCUUCCUCAAUUUGAAACUGACCUCACAUAUUUGAUCCCUUAUAAGGGCAGCUGCCCAUGGUUUGUGUCCAUCUCUUUCCACAACUCCUGUGUUAUUUUAGAAUCAUAUCGUUAGUCUUUUCGGAGUCUUUUUUGCCCCUUUUGUAAUGCAGAAAAUUGAACACAACAGUCAGGCUAACAUGAUGAAAGCUACCCCAUUAGAAACAAUAACAUUAGAAAGCUACCCAUUAGUUUGCAGGCUUCUCAUUAAGAGAGACAUCAACCAAGUGCAGCUGUAUUCUUAAAAAUCACUCAUUUUGGAAUGAUCCUAUUGAUCCUUAAAAACUUCACACUACAAUGUAGCCCAUUUGCUCCCUCUCCCCAUUGAAAGAACCUUCCUUCCUGCAUGUAUCUAUCCUGAGGCAAAACUUACUCCAUCUCUGCCUCAAGAACACUGGGCAGGCAUUGCAAAGGAAGGCCUUUUCAAUGGUGGGAUCCAGAUUCUGGAAUGUGUUGGCCUGGGACAGAAACCUAGGUUGUUCCUUUUACCACAUGUGGUGGACGUGUAGUAUAAUUAAAAACUACUGGGCAAUGAUCCAUAAUGAAGUAAAAAAAAAUGUUUUAGAAAUCCUUCUCUAAAAACCCAGAAGUAUUGUUGCUGGAGUUAAUAACAACAGAAGUGACUAAAAAAGAGAGAAACUUGUUCCUCUACGCAACAACAGCUGCACCUGUACUACUAGCCACAAAAUGGAAAACAGAUAAGGCACCAAAAAGAAGAAGAAUGGCGUAUCAAAUUGUUAGAAUACGUGGAGUUAGCAGGGAUGACCACUAUGAUAAGAAAUCAAAAUGAUGAAAGCUAUAAGGAGGACUGGAUAUUUUUCAUUGAAUAUGUGGAAAAAUAUAAUAAACUAACAAUUAACCGAGCGAGAUGGUAAGAUUUUUCAGCAGUGUAAGAAAAAACUAAUGUGUAUUUAAGUAGUUACGAUAGGUGGGGUGAACCAAGAAAACGUGAGAAACAGAGGAGACAAAAGGAACUAUGGAAGGAGAGGAUGAGAAGUCAGCGGAGGAAUGCUUUCUGGUUUUCUGCUUAUUUUUUGAUUUCCUAAAACUGUUCUUUCUUUUCUAUUUCAGAGUUUUCUUUUUUGUGUCCUUUGCAUCAUUUCCAUUCAUUUAUUUGAUAUGAUAUGGAAUUGUAUCAGAAACACAAAUAAAACUAAAUAUUAAAAAAGAAAGAAACCUAGAUCAUACAUUGCAUAUUAUUAGGUACCAGGUCAAAAUGCUGCUUUUUAUUUGACCUAGACAAGUGGCACAAUUAAUCUUGUGCACCUACUGCAUUUAUUUUUCGCCUUCACUUGCAUAUCUUCACUUUGUGUUAUUGUCUUUUGAUAUUGUAUUAGUGACAACUUCUUUAGUGCUAGGUACCAUCUGUAGUUAAGUUUCAGAGUGAGCUCUCUCUUUCUCACUGAAAUGGAUUUAAAUGAUGGUUUAGACCACAUUUUUGAACACUGGGUAGAGUUUAUUUUGUAUCCUAUGUUGUGUUCCCAGGUGUUGAGGGUGUUUGUGGUUUCUUGGAGUAAUGUUUUAUAUAUUGUAGAUAUAGGAGCAUCAUAUGUCUGGUUUUCCUGGUUUUUUCAGGGUUAAAAUUUCUGCCCAGGUUUUUUUAAAAAAAUUGGCAAAAUGUCCAGGGUUUUUUGUUUUUUAGUAAAACGAAAAAAGAUCCCUGAGUGAGUUGAAUUGCAAUUCAUUCAUAAUUUGGCUGUGUGGCAGCUGCUGCUUGUGUGAAUAACCGAGUGCCUUUCUUCUGUUCCAAUCAGCAGGAGAGAGUAGGCUGGCUCUCCUGACUUGCCUGCUCUGUAGCUGCUUUUGCUGGCUUCUAAUCGCGACUUGCAGACAUGGCCACUCUUUGAACAUGCUUUGUGGGUGCUGUUUAAUUUCUUCCUUCCUCUCAUCCUGAAUCACUAUACCCGGCUGUCAGGUGGUGGUGUGGUUGAUCGAGAGCAAACAGGCAAGACUCCAACCUGUCUUUUCCAGCUUUAUUCUUAGUGCGAACUAUUUACAGUGAAGAGCGUUGCAAGUUCAUGUCUGGCUCAGUCGCUAGCAGAAUCUGGGAGUGGCCAGUCCUUGUACUUCCCCCAGCAUAACAGCCGUGUGGCCCCCAUCCUUCUCCUCCCCUCUCUGUGCCGAAACCUACUGCGCAGAGUGGGUGCUGGCAAAGGGGUACUUCCCUCCCCUCCGCUUUGCUCAGGCUCCGUGUUAAGACUCUCCCUAGCAUCUCCUGGUCCCCGCACCUCCUCCCCACUGGAGGAGGAACUGCUUCGCAAGAUCUUCGGAGGUUCCCUAUAACACAACUGCCCUUCCACCUCUCGCCUCUGAGCUGAUGGCAGUUCCCUGACACCGGUCCUUGAGGUAUUGCAGUGCUGAGCCAUUUAAGGAUUUAUAGGUCAAAACUAGCACUUUGAAUUGGGCCCGGAAACUAUUUGGUAGCCAGUGCAGUCAGACCAGGAUUGGUGUAAUAUGCUCUGGUGAGCAACCUGGCCACUGAAUUCUGCACUAGCUGAAGUUUCCGAACCAUCUUCAGAGGCAGCCCGAUGUAUAACGCAUUGCAGUAAUCAAACCUUGAGGUUACCAGAGCAUAGACAACAGUAGUUAUGCUAUUCCUGUCCAGAUAGGGGCGUAGCUGGGCCACCAGCCAAAGCUGAUGGAAGGCACUCUGGGCCACUGAGGCCACCUGAGCCUCGAGUGACAGCACAGGAUCCAGGAGUACCCCAAAGCUAUGAACCUGCUCCUUCAGAGGAAGUGUAACCCCAUCAAGAGCAGGCGAUUUCCCAUCCAUCUGGUCCAGGGAACCACCCACUAACAGUGCCCCAGUCUUAUCUGGAUUGAGUUUCUGUUUGUUGGCUCUCAUCCAGUCUAUUACCGAGGCAAAACAUUGGCCAAGCACUUCCACUGCCUCACCUGCAGAUGCAAAGGAGAAAUAGAGCUGAGUGCCAUCAGCAUACUGGAUUUGAACUGAACCACCCUUCAAGUCAAAGAUUCCUUCUUUCCAGGGACAUAGCUAACUGCUCCAGCACCCAGAGUGGCGGGGGCGGGCGAGCUGCCCAUGGGGAUAGGUGAGCUGUCCACGGGGGCUCCGUGCCAAGUCGCACACCGGGGCACCGCACAGGGGUGCUGCGGCGAUCCGUGCAUGGGGGCGCCACACAGGGGUGCCGCGAUGAUCCGCACAUGGGGGCACUGCAGCGAGCUGCCCAUGGAGUUCGCCUGGUGGACACAAGCCCCACGCUGCCAUUUCGGGCAGCGUGGGGCCCCAAGCCACCGCGUCACUGCUACGAGAGAUGCAUGGCCCGGGUGCGCUGUAGGCCAGACCCUGCGGUAAGUGCCGAUCACCGUGGUGGGCCAUUUUGUCACACACACACCCAUGGAUGACACCCGGGGUGAACCACAUCCCCUGCACUCCCCUUCCUACGCCCCUGCUUCUUUCAGAGGGCUGUGCUCUGACAGCUCUUCAGAUAGAAGAUUGUUCUCUGUAAAGUCAGACACAUGGCUACCCUAAUCUUAUAACUAGCAAUGAUCUGUUGUUCAGACAAUCAUCCCCAUUUCACAGGGAAUUUAGUUUGAAAGGUAGGAGCUUGAACACGGCUACUGGAAGGAGACUGGAUUGUCUUAGGACAGAGCUUUCUGAACUUUUCAUGUUGGUGACACACUUUUUAGACAUGCAUCAUUUUCUGACACAGUAAUUCAGUUUUACUAGCAAACUAGAGGUCAAACUAACCCCGUGAGGAGCACAGGGAACAUGCAUGUGGCACACCUACACACUGCAGCUGACACACUAAUGUAUCAUGACACACAGUUUGGAAAGCUCUGUCUUAGGUUAUGAACUGAGCAAACACCCAGCCUCUGAAGGCAGGUUUGCAUUGGGCUGUACACUUCAGCUGUAAGGUGUGCACUUUCACGUCCCCUUAAGUUGCAUAAUUCAAAGUGGCAUAAUACUAGCCGGAUCAUGACCAUUGUCAGAUUUCUCCCCCUCUGCUCAUAAGACCAAUCCACUUGCUAAGUGAGUUAAAUGGAAUUUGGAAAAGGGUCCAGCCUGUGCUGGCAGUAUGGGAUCUUCCCUGCCCCCAGCUUUUUAUCUGAUACCUGUGAUUUGCACAGCAACCUAGGAAUCAAACCAUUGCUGGGGGCUUUUGUAAGACUAAGGGCUGAUUCUUGUGCUCCUUUUCCAAUAUGGUAAAGCCAUAUUGUUAUUUUUCCAAAUCUUUUUGACAAGGAUGCCAUUUCUUCUGCACACUCCCUCAAUUGAUAAGAUCCAAUUUCAAGCUGUCUCAUAUUGACCCAGAUCACUGGUGUUUCUAGUCCAGGACUGUCUAUCUUGACUGACAGCGGCUCUCCAGGGCCACAGGCAGAAAUCUUUUGCACCGUGCUAAAUGAAUUCAUUUUGAUGCAAGGGACUGAACAGUAGGGUCUCAGAUUUCAGCAGCAUCCUGUGUGAAGCCCACAUUCGGCACACACACAUGCCUUCCAGUCUACAUAAUAGCUGUGCCAUCUCCAAGGCUCCAUGCCCAGUGUGACCGAACCAGUUGUGUUCCCCUAAAAUCCCAGAGCCUAGGGCUUGCCGAUCAGAAGGUCGGCAGUUUGAAUCCCUGCAACGGGGUGAGCUCCCGUUGCUCUGUCCCUGCUCCUGCCAACCUAGUAGUUUGAAAGCACGUCAAAGUGCAAGUAGAUAAAUAGGUACCACUCCGGUGGGAAGGUAAAUGGCGUUUCCGUGCCCUGCUCUGGUUCGCCAGAAGCGGCUUAGUCAUGCUGGCCACAUGACCCAGAAGCUGUACGCCGGCUCCCUCGGCCAGUAAAGCGAGAUGAGCGCCGCAACCCCAGAGUCAUUCGCGACUGUACCUAAUGGUCAGGGGUCCCUUUACCUUUAAAUGAAUUCAUUUUGAUGCAAGGGAUUGAACAGUAGGAUCUCAAAUUUCAGUGGCAUCCUGCGUGAAGCCCACAUUCGGCACACACACAUGCCUUCCAGUCUCUUCUUCUUUUUUGGUGAUCACUCGUAGCCGAGUAAGAUUGUCUUCCAUAAACAUGGUUUUAACAAUGAGUCCGUCAGUGACUGUGGAGGCCAAUUCUGGAUCCACACAUCCUUCCACAGUGGGGACAUUGGUUUCCGGGUGGGAGUUGAUCACGGUGUGGAUUUGCCAAGCAUGCCUUCCUCCUAGCACAUUUCUCCCUUGUGUCCUGAGUUCAAGCAUCUUCAAAGCCCAUGACACCUUUGGUAAAGGCUGUUCUCCAACUGGAGCGCUUGCAGGCCAGUGUUUCCCAGUUGUCAGUGUUUAUACUACAUUUUUUUAGAUUUGCCUUGAGACAGUCUUUAAACCUCUUUUGUUGAGCACCAGCAUUAUGCUUUCCACUUUUAAGUUCGGAAUAGAGUAGUUGCUUUGGAAGACGAUCAUCAGGCAUCCGCACAACAUGACCAGUCCAACGAAGUUGAUGUUGAAGAAUCAUUCUUCAACACUGGUGAUCUUUGCUUCUUCCAGUACACUGAUAUUAGUUUGCCUGUCUUCCCAAGUGAUGUGUAAAAUUUUUUGGAGACACCGUUGAUAGAAUCUUUCGAGGAGUUGGAGAUGGUGUUUAUAAGUGGUCCAUGUUUCACAAGCGUAUAGUAAGGUUGGUAGUACAAUAGCUUUGUAAACAAGCAUUUUGGUUUUCCUGCGAAUGUCCCAGUCCUCAAACACUCUGCACUUCAGUCAGGAGAAAACUGCACUCACAGAGCUCAGGCUAUGCUGGAUUUCGGCAUCAAUGAUCUUUCACACUGAAAGAGAAGUGAAACGUGUCCAAUUUUUAUUCACCAUGUACAGAUUCUCUCACUUGACUGGGAUUUGUAGUUAUUUAGCACUUGUUCCAACAAGGCAGGGAAACUAGUUAAGAAUACAUGAAGUUAAAUGAUUCAGACAAGAGUCACCUCCUGACUUUGUGUAAGUUAAAACUGCAUGUAACAAAAUCUUAGAAGAGCCUGAUAAAACUUCAAUUGUAAUUGCUCCAGAUAUGUUGUUUAUUACUCAGAUUCUGAGCAGACACCAGAAUGAGUAUGUCACUGCCAGACAUGGCCGAUAAUUUGUGAAUAGUCUGGCUAGAGAUUGUGUGUGCCAAUGUGAGGCUCGCCUGACCACUGGACUUUGGGACAUUUGUCCCGUCUCAGUAAUACAUUUACUUCUUAGGAGGUCAGCUGUAAUCAACAACUCCUUUGCAUGACACUGGCCGCAUCCAGACAGCACUUUAUUCCAUUUUCCUGACAUUUCCUUACCUGAUAAUUUUUAUGUUUUAUGUGAUCUUUCAUACAAUGUAAAACUCACUUCGGGAAAUCUAAUGGAAACUAGGAGAAGUUUACCAUUUAUUUCUGCAUGAAUUGCUGCUGGGUGGGGGGAAUCUGUUUGCAACCCCCAAUAACCAGGGAAAUUGUGGGAGUCUAGCACUAUAUUUUUCCAGUGGUUUUCAUGAUCACACCAUGUGAUGAAAUUUGGAAUGGUAUUUUGGCAUACAGUUCUUUCCCACCAUUUUCAUGUGUGAAUCACGGGAGAACAAGUACAUAGAGUGUGGUGGCAUGUCCACUGAUGUGUCACACCAUGGCCCCUGGUGUGAAUGAAAUUUAGUGUGACAUGGGGGUAAAUCAAUCAAAAAGCCAGAAUUCCAUAAUGUGAAAUGUAAAAGGAGGACCAAGAACCGUGGAAGUGCUAGCAGUAGAACCAAGAAAACUAAUGCAAUAAUCCCCACUUCUGAAUCCAUCAUCAAUGAGGCUGUCUUCUGAGUAGACAUAGAAUUGUAGAGUUGGAAGGUACCCCAAGGGUCAUCUAGUCCAACCCCCUGCAAUGCAGGAAUCUCAACUAAAACAUAUGUUGCAAAAGGCUAUCCACCCUCUGCUUAGAAACCUUCAAGGAAUGAGGCAAACUAUUCUAUUGCUGAACAGUUCUUAUUGUCAGAAAGUCCUUCUUGAUGUUUCAUUGGAAUCUCAUUUCUUGUACUCUUAAUCCAUUGGUUCAGGUCUCCAGAGCAGGAGAAAACAAGCUUGCUCCAUCCUCCAUGUGACAGCCUUUUAGAUACAGCAUUUGAAAAUGGCUUUCAUUUCUCCUCUCAGUCUCACCUUUUCCAGGCUAAACAUACCCUCAGCUCUUCCUUAUAAGGCUUGGUUUGCAGACCCUUGGUCAUCUUGGUUAUUCUCCUCUGCAUGCAUUAUAGCUUGUCAAUAUCCUUUUUAAAUUGUGAUGCCCAGAACUGGACAUAUGACUCCAAGUGUGGCCUGACAAAGGCAGAACAGAAGAGAACUAUUAACAGAGCAGAACAUGUAAUAUAUUGAAUUCAUAAUAUGUCUUAUGGUGCUUAAAGUACUGUAGCAUUUUGAAUAUCAUUACAGUGGUACCUCAGGUUAAGUACUUAAUUCGUUCCGGAGGUCCGUACUUAACCUGAAACUGUUCUUAACCUGAAGCACCACUUUAGCUAAUGGGGCCUCCUGCUGCUGCUGCGUCACUGGAGCACGAUUUCUGUUCUCAUCCUGAAACAAAGUUCUUAACCUGAAGCACUAUUUCUGGUUUAGCGGAGUCUGUAACCUGAAGCGUAUGUAACCCGAGGUACCACUGUACAAUUCUCUGCUAAAGAGACCUGGGCCUAAAAUCCCAAGAUUCCAUGGGAAGAAUCCAUGUCAAAGAGACAUUGCUAUGCAACCAAGUCACGCUUCUAUAAAUUCAGUUUCUGAAAUCCUCCACAUCUGCCUACGUGCUUGGCUGCAUCUAGCUUCUAAUCAUUCUUCCAUGGGUUCCAUGAAGAUUUAUGAUAAUGUCCAUUUGCAAAAAUAAAUAAAUAAAAAUAACCACAGGAGCUGCACCACACACAAAAAAUAAAAUGCCUUUUUUUAGGGAACAAGCUCCAUCUAUCUUCCCUAUGGCCAAAAAUAUAUAAGCAAUGCCAGAAAUCUGAAAGUGAUUGUCACGUUGUUGCCUUACAAUGUUUUAAGUUUGGUUUUUCAAAAGUCUUGGGAUACUGCUUGCAUCCUCUGAAUCCUUUUAGCCCAUAGGGAUUUUGCAAAUAGCUCUGCAGAUCUUGCUGAAAAGUCCGUGCACCAUAUUUGAUGCACUCUACUUGGGAGAAUGUCGUGCAUCUGGCACAAUAUUUCUCCAGGCUCUUAACAGACAUAUCAGUCAUUUCACUGAAUUUUUGCUUGUGGGAAGAGGUUUUCCAGCUCCUUCCUGCCAAAUCUGAGUAUGCCAGAAAUAUACAGGCCAGGACAUUCUUCUCCAUUGCCUUAUAGCUGGAGCGUAAAGGGGCAAGGGACAGGAAGGGGGGAAGGGGGCAGGGGCCAGAAGAGAGUCGGCUGCUGGGCAGGGGCCAGGGGGGCAAAGAGUGAAGUGGUUCCAAGAUCAGAAUAAGCCCAACUUGUGAGGGAGGGGGUGGAGCUAUCCAGGCACAAGCUGGGUCAGCUGCAACUUAAGGCUUCACAUUCAUGAGGAACCUCUAAAUGCCCAAAAUUAAUGGAUUCCAAGUUUUACAUUAUUGGUUAAGAAAUAAUGGAAAACAUACACCUUUGACAUGACAAAUAUAUAUUUAAUGGUUGCACCAUCAUUUGCCAUAUUGUAUUUAUAAAUCUAUUCAGAAAAGCUGUGAUACUAGUACACUGGUAUCUCCGGUUGCGAAUGGGAUCCGUUCUGGAGGUCUGGCCGCAUCCCGAGGAAUUCGCAACCGGAGGACCGCGUCUGCGUAUGCAUGUGCGGCGAAACCUAGAAAAAAACUUCCGAGUUUGCUGCGUUCACAUCCCAAAGUUUACAUAUCCAGUGGGAUACGUAAGCAGAGGUAUGACUGUACUAAGACUGUAUAUGCUAAGUACGAAAUCACAAGGUAUUUUCAUUUAAAGGUAUUUUAUAUGCAAAUAAUCUUAUUGCAAUAUAUGUUUUAGAUAGAUUGCUGGUUUUCCAUUGCAUCAUCACCUUAGUAUAUAUUCAAAUAUAAAGGUACAAUAACAGAACCCCCCAUCUUUCCCAUUGGUCUAACAUAAGGUUCAGACACUUGGUACCUGGAUGCAAUGCCUACACUGGUUGGGGGCACAAGCAAACUCCACCCCACCCCACCCCCCGCUCUCAGCUAUGCACACAAGGUCAGCCUUCUCAUCCUUCAUUAGAUCAUGCUUAAGGGAUAUCUUAUUGUGAACCAACCUGGCAUUUAUAAGCAGCCCCCAGAGACCCGCCGGCAGCCUGGCACAGCCACCAGCAAACCUUCAGCUGGAAAAAGUGUCAGAACAGAACACAGGCUGCAGCGCCCUGUGCCGUGGUCCAGGCUAGGUGAGUUCCCCUCAACUUGACGCACCCUUGAUCCAACUCCAUAGCUACCCCUCAUCCAAGGCCACUGAAAAUGGACUCCCAUCUACUGCCCCCACGUGGCCCAAGGUACAUUUUCCUAGGCACAUGAUAGAUUUGAUAAAUAAUUCCUGGCUCCCUUAUAAAAUAAUACACACACUGACCAGCAGAUAAAUCUAAAACACAGAUACCCACCCCUUAGCUCAGAAGUCAGCUCAGCAAUGCAGCUCUUCCCCCCUCAAGGCAGGCAGCUGCAAAUUGGGUUGGUGGGUGCGGGUGUCCUCCAGCGAUGAGGGAACAUCUCUCUCCCUGAAGAGAAAAGCAGCAGCUAAAGCAGAGCAGGGACAGGUGGCGAAAGUUUGCCUUUCCUGUAGUUCUUCUGUAUCCUGCUCCUCUCCUACAGCUCCUGGAGGUCCAUUUCCACUGUCCUUUCUGUGAGAAUAAUGCACUUAGCAGUGGGGUAAUGCUAUGGAGUACGGCUGGAUCAAGACCUUUAGAGGCCAUAAGCGCCUAAAAGAUUUUGGUGUGCCAAAAAUCUAAUUCAAAAUAUCAACAAUAAUAAACCGUAAAAUAAAAUUGCAUUCUUUGAAAUGAAAUGAAACCUGCAUUAAGAUGGAAAAUAAAGUUUAUUUUUGUAUACUUCCACUUUAUGUAUAUUUGGGGGGAAAUCUCCUACUUUUUAUAAUUGCGAAGUGUUUGAUUAGAUACUCAGAAAUAAUCUUACGUAACACAUCUGCUUCUGUAGAGGUGAGGCUUCCAGCCUUGCCUUGUUGCAUAGUUGUUCGGUUGGGAUUUUUAAUAUACUUCAACUGAGAAAAUGAAUGCUCAGCUGAGCAAUUUGUGUGGGGAAUUUCUGUCAUGCCCACCUUCCCUUGGUGCCCUAAGUAAGCACGUGCUUAUUUUGCUAAUGGUUAAUCCAGCCGUGCUAUGGGGCCUUUUCAGUUUGACAUAGGGCCUUAGUAUGCUUUAAUCCAAUCCUGAUCCUGACUCUCCCUGGUCCACAUCCAUCACCAGUCCAACUCUGCACCCUCCAUGAGUGUCUUACCUGGCUGGAAUGUGUCAUUGAACUCUGAUAACUUUGAACUCCCCUUUGGCCUGGGGAGUCAGAUGUCACAAAGGUUGCCGGGGAUAACUGUAUGUUUGAGGGGUCAGGAAAAGGGAGGCUUGAAGCAAGGGUUUCUGGGCAGAAGGAGGAGGAAGGAAGGCUGUGAUCCAUCUUUGAGGGAAGCAGCCUGAAGGGUACUUGUGCUUGCUGUAGGAACUGGGCAUUCCCCAUGCAGACUGAAGGUGUAAAUAGGCGAGUAAAUCCUGUUUUUUAAAGCACCGCAGUCUCUGCCAUGUCUCUGCUCUCCAAAGGGGCACAGACCCUGUGUGUCUGCCCCAUGUGCUCUUGCCAUUGCUUGCCAGAGAGAGGGAGGGGCAGACACCAGGUUUUUGUAACAAUAUAUACUCAGGGGCGUAGGAAGGGGGGACGGGGUGCACCAGGUGCCAUCAUGGAAGGGGUGACAAAUUUUCAAGGAACAAUUACUGCACUAUUAGGGCGGUUCAUAAAAAACUUUUUUUAAAAUGCCUGUCCCAAAGGUCUUACCUUACUACACUAGGAAUUAUAUAGCUAUAUAUGAAACUUCAUGCAUAUCAGUUCAUAUCCUCCUCCACGAAAAUAGCUGUUUACUUGGCUGUUUUCCUGUCGUGAAGGCUGAAAUUUCCAUUCAGGGGAGCAGGGUCAAGACUGGCCAGCUGGGUUGGGGGCGAAGGCAAGCCAAGGACGAAUCUACUCAGCCUAGUCUCCUUUUCUUCACCUAGGCGACUUUCCGGGCUGCCGGGGAAGCCUGCCAAGGCCACUGCCUGGUCUGUGCACCCCCUUCGGGCCCCAAUCCCCCUCCGGAAAGCCUCUGCUGCACCUGAAAGUGGAGCGUGGGGGACCAUGGCAGUGCUGCCGCCUCGUUUUGCCCGCAUGUGGCGCCGGGAGGAGCAGCUCAGUCAGUGCCGCCCUGGACACUCGGCAGGCCGGCCUCCCCUUUGCCCCCAGCCUCCCCUGCAUGAAGCGAGGACCCCCAAAAGCAGUUGUGGAAUUCAAAGAAGAGGAGAAAAAGCAGCAAAGCAAUUCUGUGGCUAAUUGAACAAUUCCUUUAAAUAGGUUCUAUUAAUGAAGGGACACGGGUGGCGCUGUGGGUUAAACCACUGAGCCUGGGGCUUACUGAUCAGAAGGUCAGUGGUUCGAAUCCCCACGACGGGGUGAGUUCCCAUUGCUCGGUCCCUGCUCCUGCCAACCUAGCAGUUCGAAAGCACGUCAAAGUCCAAGUAGAUAAAUAGGUACUGCUCCGGCAGGAAGGUAAACGGCGUUUCCGUGCGCUGCUCUGGUUCGCCAGAAGCGGCUUAGUCAUGCUGGCCACAUGACCCGGAAGCUGUAUGCCGGCUCCCUCGGCCAAUAGAACGAGAUGAGCGCCACAACCCCAGAGUCAUCCACGACUGGACUUAACGGUCAGGGUACCUUUACCUUUACCUUUACCUUUAAUGAAGUUCACACUUUUGACAACCAGUCUGAUGCUUUUGCAGAAAAAUAUUCCUAGACACAAGACUUUUAUUUUUUAAGCCCUUUCAGUCUCCCAUCUCAAGGCUAAGUACAGCAAACGGUACAUUCCCACCCCUCUCCCCAGGGCCGGAUUAUUGACUUCUGUGUGCUUGUGUAUCUGUGUCUCCCUCGUAUCUAUUAGGGACUAUUCUCUCGCCUUUCCUUUGAUAUCUGUGCUACUGAUUACUUCUGCCAUUUUAAUUUUAGAGAAAGUUUUUAAUUUAAAAAGGAUCUGUACUAUAGAAUAACAGUGGUAACAAUACAUUGAAGACAAGUAAAUAUUUUGGGGAGGGUGGUCCCAGAGCCCUAGUGCCCCCAUCCCAAAGAGGAUAAAAUGGGCAAACUUUGGUCCUCUUUUCCCCUCCCCUCCCCCAAGGUCUGGCUCCCUGCCUGUUACGUUACAUGCGGGGAAACCCGUGUGGGGUUCCUCUCUGUGUAAAGUCUUCAAGCUUUUCCUGCGCACGCCUGACAAAUCUGCCCCAUUGUCAAAAUUUACCUUUCCCCCCACCUCCAGUCUCCAUUGUUGGGUGUCCUGGCUGAGGGGGAAAACAGAAGACAGAUGGCCAUCAGUCAGGGAUGGUUUAGUUGAGAUUCCUGCAUUGCCCCAGGGGUUUGGCUAGAUGACCCUCAGGGGUCCCCUCCAACUCUACAAUUCUCUGGUGCAGGCUUGUGCAAAGUUUUAGGUACAAGUUGGAUGCGAGGGGUGCAAACGAUUGCAGCCCAUCUUAUGCACCGUCGGCUCAGGAAUAAGUCCCACUGAUCAUGAUGAGACCAGAUUGCUGCUGUGCAGUCCUGUUUUUUAAAGAAAUGUUUUCCUUUUCAGAUAAUACAGAGCAUGGUGAAAUCACAAUAAAUAAAACCUCCCCUUCAGUAGUAGAGAUCACAUUCACCCGGUGCUAUACCAGCUGCACUGGCUCCCGGUGGAGUACAGGAUCAGGUUUAAGGUGCUGGUUUUAACCUUCAAAGCCCUAUACGGCCUAGGACCCUCGUACCUAUGGGACCGCCUCUCCUGGUAUGUCCUACGGUCUUCAAAUAAAAACAUCUUGAAGGUCCCAGGCCUCAGAGAGGUUAGGCUGGCCUCAACCAGAGCCAGGGCUUUUUCGGCUGUGGCCCCAAUCUGGUGGAACUCUCUGUCACAAGAGACUAGGGCCCUGCGGGACUUGACAUCUUUCCGCAGGGCCUGCAAGACGGAGUUGUUCUGCCAGGCCUUUGGUCGGGGUUCAGUCUGACUCCCUCUCCCCUUUCAUAAGAACUUGCAUGAAAGUGGCCUCCCAAUUUUUCUCACAGGCCCAUAUAAAUUCAGCACAAACAGUUGGGCCUGGUGAGCAUUUAAGGUCCCAAAUCCCUAAUCUGCAGGUUGCCAUCUGAUUGGAUUUUAUUCUGAUCCUGAUCUGAUUUGAGGAUGUAUUUUAAUUGAUUGUCUGAUUUUAUGUUAAUGUGUUAUACAUUUGAUGUUAGCCGCUCUGAGACCGGCUUCGGCUGGGGAGGGCGGGAUAUAAAUAAAAAUUUUUAUUAUUAUUAUUAUUAUUAUUAUUAUUUGGAACUCCCCGCCUAUUGCAACAAAGCACGUGCCUUUGCUAGACUCUUUUCGGGCACCUGCUGAAAGCAUUCUUCUUUAGGCAAGCAUACCCAGAUGCUUAGGAAGUUGUAGUAAUUUUAAUCUUAAUAUUUUAGCUUUUUAUGUUUUAAAGUAGAAUUGUUAAUUUUUCUUUAUUUUACUGCUGUGAGGGUUUUUUUUGUUUUUUGUUUUGGUAAACCACUUUUUGGUAAACCAGGUUUUUAAAAAUAAACAAUAAAUAUGAAUAAAAUAACACAAGCCAAAACACAAUCCAUCCUGUAGAUUUAAGUAUCUGUCCAUAGUCGCCUACUUGUUAUCAGAGGCCCAGAAUCCACAUUUCUUUGUAAGAAAAUAUGAAAUAAAGUAAAACCAUUUUUGCAGUCAAAAAUAAAUAUAAAUAAAUAAAUGGGGGGGGUGAGAAGAAAUUUUCCGCACCAGGUACCACCUGACCUUCCUUGGGGCCCCUCCCCUGUCAUGUUUGGUGUUCAGCAGCAGGAGUUUUUGAAGGAAUCCUGUAAGCAGGGCCAGUUUGGGAGAGGGGUUGCAGGGGGCAUUUGGCCUGGGGCACAACCUCAAAGUGGGCCUCAGAUUUAGUCGCUUCUUAAUAUUUUUGGUAUUUGAUUCUUCUCUCAGCUUGUUUCUACCUGCAGCAGACCAAAAUGUGACACCCACUCCCAGCUUAGAGCUGCAAACUUAAGCAAAUGAGAGAUGUGAUUUGGUAAAAGACAUGGUUCUUUUUUUGUUCGCAGAUAUUUCAUCAUAUUUAAUUACAUCUCACUUCUUUGGUGUGUGGCGCUAUUUUGUUUUGUGUUCCAUCAUUUUUAAUUUUUUAUUCUGCCUAAAGCUGGAAGUGGCCUAGGUCUCUCUGGACCACUGAAACCGGGUGUCCCUGGUCAUUGUUCUUGCUGGCCAGGGCUGGGAGCAGCACACAGGCACUCAAAGGCUUGGCCAGUAUUCUCUGUAAAACAGACUGCAAACACACACACACAGGAAGCAUGCCCCAGAACUUUGCGAUUUGCAGUGUUUCUGAAGAAAAUUCAAAAAGCACCAUAGACAGUCGAGUCUGCAGCAAAAUAAGCACUCCAGCAUAAGUUUGCGAUGAGAUAACAUUCUUUUUAUUGCUAAAAGAGAUAUAGCAUAAAUUAAUAUCUAAAUAUAACAGUUUUAUACUUUUCAUUUAUUCCAUUUAUAGUUAACCCUAUGUUGUAAGCAUCCCAGAAGCAUUCAGUUUAAAAAAAUCAACAGAAUAUGCAUAAGAAAAAAAAUAUACACAACGUCCCCUGCUUCCAUUUAAAAAAAGCCAGUCACAGGACGGGAACCGUUCCUUAGCCAUAUUGCUAGUGAGCCUGGCAUGGUUUCCGUUUUAAUAUGACUUUGACAUCUCCGCCAGAUAGUGGGUUUUUCUUCUUCACAUUCCAGUGUCACAGAAGAGAAGUACUGUCUGUAUUUCAUCCUCAGCUUUGGGUUUUCGGUGUCUGUAACACUUUCUGGGUCAUUUACAAAUUUUGGCUUGGAAGUGUUUAUUUCACUCCUUUUCCAAAAAUAUUUUUCACCCAGAACCAGAGUUCCACUUAACAGCUGCGAAGCUGCAGCAAGAAACCCAACAUAGAUGGCCAUUCCAGCACGUUGUUCUGUGGGAAUCGGAGGCACUCCCAAAACCUCCGGAAGCGGAAUGCCUUCGUUUGUUAAUAGGGAAUGAAGAUUCCAUGCAAUGGAAAUCAGUACACAAGUACCCGCUGCCAACUCUAUCCUUGCUCCAGUUGAAAAGAAGGUAUUGAUGAAAUUCUCGUCUUUUCCCGGCUCAAAGAUGUUGCAUAGAGCAAAGGCCAUCCAAAGAACGGUCACCGCAGUGGCCACUGAGGCCAUUGGCAUCAAGUCCUGGGCCACAAUGAUUUCAGCUGGCAGGGACUCCUCAUCAUUGAAUGGUAUACAUAUCAUGUUAGUUUUCUUCAUAGGAACUCUUCUGACGGAACAGACACCCCAGAUGCCAAUGCCCACAAUGCCCUGCUGGUUGCUGCCCAUGAUUUUGUCUACUUGCCACACUCUCCAGUCAAGGUUGGCAGAUGUGGAGCAGAUGCUCAUUAGGCAGCCCAGGACAGCCAGGAGAAAGGCAGCUAGUUGCACGCAGGACACCCUGCACAAGAGGCGGACUGGGAAGGACCCAUCAUGCGCCUGGGGUGGAAGUUCCGCUUAGCGCUCGGAAGGCUGGCGAUAGAAGGCAUGCUGGAGAAAAAGACAGACAAAAGAUAACCGUUAGAUACUUAGGCACAGUAUCAUAUGGACAUCUCCUAAAGUUUGAGCAAAUAGUGAUGUGCAGCUAAAACAAUGCCAUCCUUCUAGGGCAAAUUCUGCAUUUCCCACCAUGAGACGUAGGAAUGGAAAAGUCUGCUGUACCUGCAAUCAUAAGUGCCAGGAAUCAGACUUCCCCAGGGGUGAAGAAAUUGCACAACGGCACAACCCCUUUUGUUCUAGGGACCCCCUCCAUGCAGAUAAUUGGGCUCUUGUCUAGUCCACUCCUCCUCUGCAUUCCUAUGCUCCCCUCCCUUCCCUCUCCAUUGGUAAAAUGUCAGGCAUGAUCCCACCAAAGUUAUACAUUCUACCCUUGAAAGAAAGUUGGUGCAACAGACCAAUACAGUUCCUGUUCAGGAAAGAAUCCUUUCUGGCUUUAGUCCUCAUUCUCUCUCUCUCUCUCUCUCUCUCUCUCUCUCUCUCUCUCUCUUUCUCUCUCUCACACACACACACACAUUGUGAAAAGCCUACCAAGUGGCUCUCAGACAGGACAAAAGGAAAUAAAAGUCAAUUUGUUCCUAUCUGAGAAAGCACUGCUAUGUUGGUGGGGAACUGAGGAGCGCUGCAUAUAUGCACCUGCGUGAAUCAGUUCUUCAACCAGUCUUUUUUCAGAGCGAGGGCUUUUUCCAGGUCUUUCUUUUCCAGCGUCUGAUCUAGGAGAGGACCUGAAAAGAGUGAAGCUGGUCUGAGCACCGUAGGAACUGCUCCUUGGAGUUCUGAGGCAGUUAGAAUGCAGCUUGCUUUGAACACUCAGAAGAACACAAAUCAUAACUCCAGGGUACUGGUCGUUUGGAACAUUUGGCAACUGCUUGGAGGCAGGAUGCAUUUGAAUAGCAGUGUGAUUCUGCAACUUUUAAAAGACACUUUUUUGUUAGAUGUAAGCUUAUGCAAAGAUUGGAUGCAAAAUGUGGAAAUAAACACCCCAGCUGCCAGUUCCAAAGGAAUGAGCAAGCAAGAGUUGAAAUAAACAAAUAAACAAGUAACAUUGGUUUUGAACACCACUUUGAAUUACAGCAACUUUAUUCAAUAGUACUCGUGGAUCUGACUAGUCCAGUAUCCCUUUUCUAAAACAGAAAAUUUUUAUAAAAACUCUAUGGGGACAAACAAGUAUUAUCUCUUUAUUAGUCUGGCAGAGGUGUGGAGAUGUCUGGUACUGUGAAAUAAUUUCUUGCUUAAGUUAGGGCCAGUUUGUAAAUUCAUGAUGAGGGGGAUAUCCAGCAAUCCCAAUCUGAACCCCUGAAUGGGAGACCGCCCUCAGUGGCGGAGCAAGCCGAUCGGGCGCCUGGGGCAGUGUACGUGCCCUGUGCCCAGGGGCAGGGCCUGCCGCCCACGGGGAUGGGGCCAGCUGCCUGCGGGGCGGGGGGCAGGACGCUCUGUGGGGCCUCCGAGGAGUCUGCCUGCCUCCUCCCACUCAGCCACCCUACAUCUGAGGGAGAGGCAGUGGGUAGACCGUUUGGGGCAGCGCGGAGCCUGUGGGCGCCCAAGCCACGGCUUCUCUGUAUAGAUAACAAUUUUGCCGCGUUGUAGCGGGAAAUCUGCUCCUAAAUACCUGUGGUCUUCUGUCAAAGUCAUUCCUAGCUGUAAAUCACUGUGGAAAAGCUGUAAGGGGCAGAAUUGUAUUUACGGCAGCAAUAAAAACUGGAACUCAGUUCCGGCACCUCUCAGGUUGGCACUGUUGCCAUUUAUAAGAGAACAAGGAAGACUUUUGUGGUGAGUUCCAGCACCUCUUUUUCUAGAAAAAUAGCACAGAGUUUGUACCUUAGGCCUGGGCGGAGUGCCCCCUUUCCCAUUCUUCUUCUUCUUGAUGUUCCAAUUAAUCCUUUUUGAACUGAGUCUCAGUCUUGGGUCAUGCAUGAACCCACCUGCACUUCAUGUACUAUUCUAAAGACCUCCCCACGAAGGAAGCAAUCAAAGGACUAAUAAAUCUGGUUCUUUUGUCAGUAAAAAAGUUACACACAGUACAACUUCUAACUCUUCACUACCACACAGACCUACACAGUUUGCAUACGGUGGAGGAAAACACUGCUGUGCAAGCUUUUGAGAGGCAGAGACACAAGUGGGCAUCAGAGGAGGGGGGGAAAGAAAGAGACCAGUGUUUCCUGCGGCACCCCUGACCAUCAUUCAAGGCACCCCAGGGUGCCAUGGCACACUAGUUGAAAACCACUGAAGAUACACAAUUGGAAGUUUAUUUCUUUAUUGGUAAAGCACUUGACUAUACCAGUUCCUAAGGUGCAAGAAUUACAUGCACUGCUCCUGUAGGCAUCUUCUUUUUCUGACUUGUGCUUUGACCCAGACAGUUGGACCAACACCUCCAUCAGCACAUCUAAACCCUCUCUUCUUGCAUACUGUGCAUAGGAUGUUGGCAACUUCUCCUGUGCAGCUCCCGUCACAUUAAACCCCUCCUCAUCUUUGGAGACAGUGGUGUAGGGCAGCAUUUCCCAACCUUGGGCCUCCAGCUGUUUUUGGACUACAACUCCCAUAAUCCUCAGCUAGCAAGACCAGUGGUCAGGGAUGAUGGGAAUUGUAGUUCGAAAACAGCUGGAGGCCCAAGGUUGGGAAACACUGGUGUAGGGGAUGGAGGAGAUUCUAAUGGCCAGACUCUGUCUGGGAUCAUCUCCUCCCCCUCUGCACCUUCGUGCAACUCUACCCCUGCCUCCCCUUCUCCUAUCUCUGACUGCCCAGACUCUUCCUCUUCCUUCUGCCUCAUGGGUGGCAACAAACCCCACAAUUCACUGGCCCCUUCCCCUGGACCAUCAUCCCGCCCCCUGUCUCCACUGCCCACCCUUCAGACCCCUGCCUGUCCCUGAUACUGCAACGCAACGGGGGUGGGGGGAAGAGAGACUCUUUCGUCUUCACCUUUUCAUAGCCAGAAUUCACCUUAAGCCAGUGGUUUUCAACCAGUGUUCCAUGGCACCCUGGGGUGACUUGAGGAAUGUUCAGGGGAGCCCAGGGUGGGGGCUCCUUUCAUUAACUUGCAGCCCAUAUCUUCCUGCAUCAUCUCUAUCUCCUUCCCUCUGACGAACAUUCAAAAGAACCGGUAGCUUUAACUUGCAGCCCGUUAUCUUCCUGAAAUAAAACAGUGGCCAAAAAAAGUAGGGAAACACUUUUGCAUGACUGUUUAUCUUCUUAAAAUCUUUCUCACACACAAACAAAAAUCUCCCCCAGCUUUAGUAACUAACAGUUCCUUAGUUUUAGACACAGGGCAUGAGAAAUGCAAGAAAAUAGCAACGGUAGCUUGUUGGUGUGUGUGCCUGGAUGUAUGUGUACUCUGUAAGGAGGGAUUUAAAAAUAACCCUGAAAGUGAGGAGUGUCUCCUGUGUUUCUCUCUCCUUCUACCCUCAACAUCCCUCCUCACUCUUCUCCUUUACCUCUCCCUUCAGGCAACCCCCCUCCUCCUUAACAGUCACUCAGCUUUAUGGGGACAGGAAGAAUGCUGCAAGAAAGGACCAUGUCCGCAGACCAGGUGUGGCCAAGUGAUGCCUACCUAAUGGGCAUGUGGUUGCAUUAAUUGGAACACUGCAGUGUUUCUUCCUCCUCAUUCCAUUGCCUUGCCAUUUUAACUCAUCUCUGCAUGAGGCGAGGCCUGUUUGUUGAACAAGCCGUAAUCACAGCUUCUGUGUAAUGUAUUUGUGGAGGAAUCAAGGGAUGCCACCAAAUUGGCACUUUAUCGUCAGGAGGCACAUGGAAAUGUUACAGCUGUCAGCUCAGAGCAGUAAACACACCCACACACCCCUUAGCUGCAGAAUAAAAUGAAAAAACACCACCAAAAUCUUCCACUUUUAUGGAAAGAGGGCAACUCCCAGGAAAUGAAGUAAAUUAGAAAGCAGAUGUACCAAAAGAAAAAGGGGGGCUGCUUUAGUUUUUAAUAAGGGCCUGUUGAAGCAUGUUGAAGACUCUUAAUGAGCCUUUUAACUCUGUUGUUGGGAUCCAAAGCACAACUUUGCUGAAGUGGCCACAUCUACUUUACGGAGCACAGUCCUUUGUUUGAAGGAGUCCUCAGCUGGAAAAGCUGUUUGAGAACUUAAAGAGAACUAAUGGAAAGUGCCCAGCCUUGCUUCAGAAUGCUAAGAAAACCCCCCAAAAACAGUGCAGUUUUGAAAGGUUCAGUCUGCCACCUUGAGUGAAAAUGGGAUCCAAUUGUAUUGAAAUGUAGACAACUAUCAUCAAACAAAAUUUGGUUAUGCUUUCAAUGAAAUAGUUAAAUAUGCUGUGAUCCACUGGGCUAAAGAUAUAGUACAUAUCAUAGAAUUAGAAUCAUGGGGAAAGUUGUAGAAAUCCAGGCUGAAAUUCACAGCAUGUUAUACCUUGAGGGAGAAUUUUAUAAAAAUGAUAUAUAGAUGGUUCCUAACACCUAGUACAUUAACCCAAAUGUAUAAAUCAACAUCAAAUCUUUGUUGGAAAUGUAAAAUAGUAGAAGGCUCGUAGCUAAGGACUUUUGGGAGAAUGAAAGGAAAUUUCACUUUCCCAAAAGGACCAGAAGCUUUUUUAGUAGGGAUAACUGGAGGAGAUAUUCCAAAAAACUGAUAAACCUAUUUCUUUACAUAACAACGGAAGCACAAAUAUCACACGCACAAAAAUAGCGUAAUGAGGUGGUACCUACUAAAGAAUAAUGGCAGCUGAUAUUGAUACAAUAUGUAGAAUUGGCAAGCUUGACAUGUAAAACUUGAGAUCAGAAAGAGACUGAUUUUAAAGAAGAUUGGAAAAUACAGAUUACUUUAAAACCCAGUGUAAAGAUGUUAAAAUGCAAAAAGGAUUUGAGUAAUAACAGCAGUGAGGGUAAACAUUGUUUUUACAGUAUUGUGAGAAAAGGUAAAGGUAUACUAUAGAGCAGGCACGUUCAACAGGUAGAUCAUGACCUACUGGUAGAUCACUGGACAUCUGUGGUAGAUCACUGGUAGUCCACUGUCUCCCUCCAAAGAAGCUCAACAAAUUUGGCUCCCCUAAAAAAAGCUCAUCAUUUUUGCCCGGCACCCCUAAAAAUGUGGCUUUCCCCCACCCUAAAAAAAGUUAUACAACUUUGACCUAAACCCCUAAAAAAUGGGCCUUCCUCUUCCCUAAAAAAAGCUCCAAAAAAGCCCCCCCCCCAGCCCAAAAAAGGGGGUAGAUCAGUGCCAGUUUUUAACUCUGUGAGUAGAUUGCAGUCUCUUGGGAGUUGGCCACCCCUGGUAUAGAGUAGCUACAAUAUGCAGCAUAAAUUGAAAUUUUGAGGGAACCAUGGAGGGAGGGAGGAGAAGUUGUAGGUGGAAUGAUUGAUUGCUAAAUUUGAAACAUUGAAUUGUUUAAUUGUUGAAAAAUUAUAAAUAAAAUUGUUUUUUUAAUUGGUUAUGGUAUCUCACUGAGGCGUAGCUAGGAGGUGGAGUGGGGUGCAUUGGGCGCUACACUGUGGGGGCGGCCCGUCGCCUCCCCCUCAGCUGUAGGGUGGCUGAGGGGGAGGCAGUGGGUGGGCUCCCGCCCCUGCCCAGGUUCGCCCCUCCCUGUGGGUGGCUUGAGCCGUCCCCAUGGGCAGUUUCCCCACCCCCAGGCGCCCAAGCGGCUAGCUACGCUGCUGGUAUCACAAGAGCUGUCAAAAUGCAUAGUGUCCAAACUUUUUUCAAAGAGGGCCAGAUUUAAUGAAGUGAAGGGCCGUGAGGGCCGACCAAAGUUGUUGAGGUUUUCUUAGGAUUUUACCCCAGGAAAUAAAUUGCCGCAGGGGCCAGAUGAAACCAACCAGCGAGCCGAAUUAGGCCCCGGAAGCGGACUUUGGACAUGCCUGGCAUAGAGAAUAAGCACAGAGACAAACAGCUUUCCUAAGCCUAUAACAGAGAUGAAUAAUCAGAAAGGAGAGCAGGGAUCCUGAAGACAGCCAUUAGCAGUUAGCAACUGGCAGCAGAUGAGCAGGCACACGACUCACCUGGCCACGGUUUUUACCACUAUGGGGAGAGAGAUUAUAACAAUUAUUUCUAAAUUUGGCACCUACUGUAUACACAUAAAUUAGCUUAUGCAAAUCAGUCUCCUAUUCUGUCUUCUUUAUUAAUAACUAGUAGACAGUACCCAGCACUUUCCAGGAAUUCUAAGAAACAAGAAAAAUACUAAGAUUUAUAUAUUUACAAUUUAAUUUUGUCUAGCUUCUUAAAGACAAAAUGUAUUUUCAUUAUAUAUUCAUAUAAUGACCCCCAAAAUGUAUUUUCAUUAGAGCUGUGCACAGUCCCUACCAUCUGACCUGGGAAAUAUCACCCCAUCCUGCCCUGUCUCUGGUCCUGAAUAAGUUCAUGGGGCAGGACUAAUGUGUAAUUAAGAUUUUAAAACCCAGAUAAAACCUAGAGACAUUAGAGAACAAGACUGGGGUGCUCCCCCACCCCAAGAAUUGCCCCUUCUGAUCAAUGCAAUUAAGGCCCAGAACAGGCAUCCCCAAACUUGGCCCUCCAGCUGUUUCAGGACUACAAUUCCCAUCAUCCCUGACCACAGGUCCUGUUAGGUAGGGAUGAUGGGAGUUGUAGUCCCAAAACAGCUGGAGGGCCGAGUUUGGGGAUGCCUGGCCUAGAAUCUCACACCAGCUUAACAUAAAGAGGACAGACAGAGAAAGGUUUCCAGAUGCGUCUCCACCCCCAUCGUUCAGCCCAGACACUGAAAUCCAGCGCCGAGGGCCUUCCGGCAGUUCCCUCAUUGCGAGAAGUGAGGUUACAGGGAACCAGACAGAGGGCCUUCUUGGUAGUGGCACCCACGCUGUGGAACACCCUCCCUUCAGAUGUGAAGGAAAUAAGUAGCUAUCCUAUCUUUAAAAGACAUCUGAAGGCAGCCCUGUUCAGGGAAGUUUUUAAUAUUUAACACUGUAUUGUUUUUAAUACUUGAUUGGGAGCUGCCCAGAGUGGCUGGGGAAACUCAGCCAGAUGGGCGGGGUAUAAAUAAUAAAUUAUUAUUAUUAUAUUAUAUAUGCUUUAUUUUUCAUGUUACAAGCACAGGGUGCUUCAGUACACAUCAUAUACAAUAUAAUCACAUUGGCUGAAUAUUGAACCCUGUUCAGUGUGUGUGUGUGUGUGUGUGUGUGUGUGCCAGUGUCAGAGAGAGAGAGAGAGAGAGAGAGAGAGAGAGAGAGAGAGAGACUAGAAUGAAGAUGGUAACAGUAGGCAUUUCCUCCUAGACACACGUUUGAAUUUUUGCACAGGGCUGCAAUCUAGCCUUCCUUUUUUCCAAAGUGAAGACAAUUCAUCUGGAGCACUGAUGAGUCCCAGAAAAUUGAACCUCCUUUUGCUGCAAUUCCGGUUCUCAUCUCUCCAAAGCAUUUGGUUCAGCAGAGCUGCAUCACCUUCGAGCAUCUAUUUAUAAAGUUCACUUUCUUCUCCUUCUUUUCCAGACUUUGCAUCUGUCUGGCAUUGUGUGGUACGCUGCGAAGCAUUCAUGUGUGUUUAAGUAGUAGCAAACCCCCUUAGCAGUGAAACCAGUAAUUAACUUGGCGGCAAACAUAUGGAUGUGGAAGAAUCCUCGCACAGAGAAUAAUUUAAUGUUGUCCCUUGUCACUCCUUGGGAAUUAAUUGCUAAGAGUAGCUUCUGCUGAUGCGCUUGAAGACCAUGGGUAGAAAUGACCCGUGAUUAAGAAACAAACUGCACAGGCAUAAUUGGGCUGGGGGUAAGUGAGGAUAUUGUCCAUCAAAAUAGGAAAUAUCUCUGUCCUUGACAUCAGUUAGAACUGAGCCAUCAUAGUCAUCAAGUAAGAGAGAUAAAUUAAAUGUGAGCAGAUUUAUAUGGUAAAGAGCAAUCCUUCAAAUAUUAUGGUUCCAGGCCAUUUAAAGGCUCUGAAGGUUGAAACCCUUUUAACUGGGUCUAGAGUGAAAGUGGCAGCCAAUAAAGCUGAGGUAAUAUCACUGUUGUGUGUCCCCCAUGGCAGCUUCCAGUUAGAUUUUCAAGACAUUUGAAUGGAAGACAUUUCUUUGAGAGGUUUAAUUCUCCUCCUGGCCUGGGAGGAGUCAUCCUGUCAAAUGAACAUCCUCCAAUCUACUCUGAAAACAGAUAUUCACGGUGAGAACCAAUUUCUGUAUUUCUGAAUUACAGUUUGUACCAGCGGGGCUGGCCCUACCAUUAGGCAGAGAGAGUUGGCUGCUUCAAGGGAAGUGGAUAGAGCUCUGUGAGCCAUGCCUCAGAUGUGGUGUUACCAGUGUUGAAGGAAGCAUCAACAGCUAGUUUGGUAGCCUUUGUUGCAUGGAAUGGGGGAGGCAUCGUGUUGCCCUUGCCUCAGUAGCGAUGGACAAAUCUAUCAAUUUCAGUUUCUCAUUUUUCUUAUCUUGGUUCUCCACAUUUCCACUUCAGUUUACUUUUUUUUUUACGCCCUCAUGAAACUUCAUCAGUAUUAGAUGCUAACUGUUGAGGGGCGACUUCAAGGGCCCCCUGGCUCUCCCUUCUGAUGGCUCUUGAUUUUUACUUGUACUCAGGCAGUAUUCAAAGAGAGGACUCUGUUGUGCAAAGUAGGACAUGUGGCUACAUUAUACUUAUUGAGACAGUAAACCCGUUUCUGGGCUGUCCCACUUCAGACUGCAGGUAGACUCUCAUAGGAUGUAAUGUCCCUUACUACAAAAAUACAAAUAAAAGAUUCUGCACACAGAAAAUCAGUGUUGUGGCCUUCCCUGAGGAUUCUCAUCAGGAUGGCGAAUGGGAGCAACUGGCCCUGGAUCAGGGCCCUUCCCCUCAAGCCUCUGGGCCUUCCCAUUGAGACUCUCCCUCUAGAAGUCUCACAGGCUCUCUUCCUUGGCUCAGGGGUAGAAGCUGGGCCCAUCCAAUGCCAAGGAGACCCCUGCUAGGCUAUGAAGGAGGGGGAGUUCCUCAGCAUGGACUGAGCUUUCAGGGAAGGCGCAAAGCCAUGCAUUUUCUCCAAGGCAACAGAGGUGCCCAUCUUCAGGUCAGGAGCUCUUGGUGAGUCAGGCAUUUCCCAGCCUCUGUUUAAAACCAUGUGAGACAAACGGGGCUGAUUGUUGAAACAACUUCCUGCUCCUGUGCAGCUUCAGAUCAAAGCUCCUGGUCCUGGAAUUCUGCCUCCUGCCUUUAGAGUCCCCUGGAGCUCUUCUCCUGAGGUGGUUUGAUCAUUGUCAUUGCUGGUGCCUCAUGGCACCUGAAUUACUUUCUGCUCUUCUCAUUCCAAUUAUACACUCUCAGUCCACUAGAAUAAAUCUUGGCUUUUUUGCUUACAAGAAAGUACACCUGUGGCUGUUCUUGGGUGGGAGCCUGGAGUACUAGCACAUCAUGGAAAAUAUUUAGUUGGAACUGAUGGCUAGUUUCCUGGGUGGAUGAAUUUUUAUUUUAAUGGACAACUUUAGCCCCACUUACAGUCUGAAAUAGUAGAGCCUAAACAUAGGUUUACUUCUUCAGUGAGUGGUCAGUCAGGGGUGGCACAUUAACAUAUACAAGUCAGUGAUUUUUGUAGAUUUAGAUUUAUUACGGCCAUUGGCCCAUAUCAAAAACAAUACAUCAGAAUUUAUCCAUAAACAAUACAAUUUAAACAGUUCCAAGUUAAAACACCCUUAUAAAACCAAUUUUACUUUAGUUAAGUAAACACUAUACACAAUAAGCUCCUCUAUGUAAACCGCAAUUCCGAUCCAUCAGAUUUUGGGGGUAUACGUCUUAGUUCUGGCACUUAUUGAUGGUUCUUAAGUUUAGCUAAGCUGUCAGAAACAUACAGUGAUCCAUUUCUCCUCUUUUGAAAUAAAACAUUAAUCAGGUAUCUAGCGAUUGCAAGGGAUCUACUUGUAUCUUCGAACAAGUCAGUGAGUAAUAAGUAUCCUUGUGAGGACUAUAAGAACAUAAGAAGAGCCUUCUGGAUCUAGUCCAUCAUCCUGUUCCCACAGUGGCCAACUAGAUGCCUCUGGGAAACCCACAAACAAGCACAAGAGCACUCUCCCCUCCGGAAUACCAGUUGCUGGGAGCCACAGAAGCAUCACUGCCUCCAACUGUGGAGACAAGACAUAGCCACCAUGGCCAGUAAGACCUCAUUUCCCAGAAACAUUUCCCAGAAUCAGGAUUCAGUUACAAUCGAGAUAAUUCAACUUUAUCAGUCAGAUUUUGCACUUUUAGCUAAUGGUGGUAUUUGCACUGAGCAAAGGCUCUUUUGCCAAUGGAAUGAGGAGGGAUGUGUUUUUGUUGAUUCCCCCUACUCCUGCAGGCCCUUCACACAACCUUCUCCCCUGCUGUUCCAGAGGUGACCCCAACUCUUCCAAGCAGAUUUUGGGGCAGGGUGAACUGCAGGAGAGAUGGGGACUCAGCAAAAAUGCUAUUUGUUCUGUUGAUGGUAGCCUGAGCAGGAUCAGAGGGCCUUUUAGCAACUUAAGGGUCAUCACUGGUUGGAAUCAUUGGGAGACACUUUUGUUUCACUGGAGGCUGUUGCAUUUAGGCGAAUGGGGCACUGCCCCACCAACUUGACCUCAGCCAGUCUCCAGGCCACCUGCCCUGCCUUCUUACUUACAAAGUCUAGGAGGUGGCACCAGCCAGUCAGCUUCCUCCACCUUAGUCUCAGUGUUGCCCCUUGUACAGCUCAGCAGGGAGAAGGAUGGGGCAAAGCUAGAAUUAGCUGGAUGCCUGUAAUUGGCUUGGUUGGUCUCCCUGCCCCCAACCCCACCUGCCCCAAUGGGCAUCGGUUGCCACUUCUUUUGCUGCCUUGCUGCUCUUAGCCUUUGAGAUGGGCAAGUUAAAAUGAAAGGAAGGGAAGAAAAGAAAUGUCUAAUACUGGCAUUAUAAUGCAGCUCUAAUACCAUCCUCACUGCCCCAUACAUUUACCAUUUAGUAUAUUUGUUUUAUCAUGUGAUAAACUCACCAAAUCAUAAAAAAGAAAGUUGGACACAUUAAAAAAUGAAGAAGUUAAAGAAAAUGUGUGGUGGCACAAUUUGCGUGUUCUUAAUACAGUUUUAUUUGUGUGUGUUUUCAUUGAGCGCAUGCUUCUUCAAAACAGGACAUUUCAACACUGAGGAUAGGCCAAUAAGUUUGUAUCUUGCUCACUUCCCCUGCACCCAAAAAGAAUGGGAGAUCUGUCAUCACUAUUUUUAACAGACUUUGGCAGCAUAUCAGGAUUCCACUUAAAGUUUGCCAGAAGUCACAGCAAAGUUGAAUGACUGGGUGGUGGGUUUUUUCUCCUUCACCAACAACUAUGAGACUCUUAAUAGAUUGUUCCUUGCAAAACAUCUGAGCAAAACUAAACUUGAAACAAAGGAGAAGUAGUGAAGUUAACACUGGGGUGCAGUCUUUUUAAUCUCCCUGCAAUUCUAACUUCCUGUCUUCCCCACCCUACUUUUUCUCAUGAAAAUUCAAACCCACAUUGGUAUUGCGUGUCGAGGUCCCCAAGCCACCCCCCCAAAUAACUCACAACGCACACUUAAUUUUUGUUUAAGGUUUUUGGCAUAAUUUUGGCCACAACUUUAUUUAAAUACAAAACCGUGAGUGGUUGUUUAGGCAUUGGUUAAGACUAUCUGUCCCCCCGCCUGGGGACAGAACUGACUCCGGGCACCACCGAAAGACAGUGCGGGGGAAAGCAAGUCGGAGAGAAAUGGAGCUGAGUCACAGACCCUCAAUUCUCAUCCGCAUGCUCCCCGAAGGCUUGCCGGCCCCAGUCCCAUUCCAGGGAUUGGACGAAAAGAUGGCAAGCCCCAGGAUUCCUUUAACGGAAUUCCCUUUCCGCAGCAACCAUGGAGGGGCAGGCCCAGCCUAUCCUAACCCCUCCUCCACCAAUUUAUAACCAAUGCCUAACCGCAACCUUACAAGUUGUGAUGAUUUGCUACGCAGUAGGCAAAACCCAAAUGGCCCAGCCAAUCAGCCAGAUGGACAAAAUUCCUACCAGGCCCCUGCCCCAAUGGCAGACGACCCCAUGACAGGCAUAGCAAGGUCAAUGCAACAACCCCUUACUCAAGGGCAGGUGGGCGGGUGAUCCGUUGCACGCAGCAAAGAGAAAGCUCCAGGCUGCAUGCAGAGUAUUUAAACAUUUUACCCCUCCCACCAAAAUUGCAACAUAACUUUUACCCCAGCAACCCAGUGAACCAAUCACUGCCCCAGGCCAUCUUUAGAGACCCUGCCUGGUAACAGAGGGGUGGCUCAGCAGACCCCACCGCAACACGUGCUCUCCAUGAAGGAGAACACGCUAUGACAUUAGAGACACACGCCUGCAAAACAGAUGUUUUGUUUUGUUUUAUUUAUUUACAAUUUGGGGCAAUUGACAUAUUCUCAAGGCUUAGAAACCUCAUGAAGCUUACUCAGAGCUGUACAUAAGCCUGCUGCAUCCUGAUAUAUGAUCUCAGCUUGACUGACACUUCUGUCCUUUAAAUUGACAUUUGGGCUAAUUUAAACCAUGACCUAGAGUCUUCUUGACCAGAGUUUGCUUCCACUGUACCCCACAGCUACAAGGGUGAUCAGUUUCACCACACGCAGAGAUUCAUGCCAAAAACUGACCUAACACCAUGCAUGCAGGAGACUCCCAAUUUUCACAGUUAACCUGCAAUUCAUGAAUAGUGACUAGAAUGAUGGUGGCAGGAGAGGGAUGAAGAGACAAAGCUUGCAAGAUAAUUCCUGCUGAUCCUUACAAUAGGGAGUUUAUUCUACAAAAAGGUGGUUGAUUUGAGACCCUCCAGAUGUUGUGGAACUCCAGCUGCCAUCAGCCCCAGCCAGCAUGGCCAAUAGCCAGGGAUAAUGGAAACUACAUCCAACAGUAUCAGCAGGGCUAGAUUGGUCAUCAGAUUCAGCUGCCAACACCUGUAGUGCUGACAGCCUUCUGAACAAAAUAAGUGGGCAGUAAUGGCAUACUUAAAACAUUAUGUAUAAUUUACUGUACUUUACUACUGCAGGGUGUUUAACACUAACUUGUAAAAGGAGUUUGUUUGUUUUAAUAAAGUGCUGUCACAGUCUUACUGUGCAAAUAUUAUGCAAGUGUGGGUAUCAGAUAGGGUUGCCAUAUUUGGAAGAGCAAAUCUUCCCCCCCUCUUCGACUUCUACUUUUAACUACAGAUUGGACUUUUAACCCAACAAAUGGCAACCCUAGUGUAUGUGUCUGAAUUUGUGUGUGUCUAUGCACUCAUAUAAGAGAGGAGGAGGAGGGGAGGGGUGGGGUGUAGAGGAAAGAGUAGAAUGAGAGGAUAGAUGAAGAUUAAAAUGAAAAGAAAAGGAAGGGAAAUGGUGUAGGGGAGAGGGAAGGGGAAGAUUAAAUUAUUGAAUGAGGGUAAAGAGUGCAAGUGUGAGAGUAGGAGUAAGGGUUUGGAGGUAAAAGUCAGAGUUCAAGACUGAGAAUCAAGUUAAAAAUGGCAGGUUAAGUUAAAAAAUCAAAAUGUAAACAUCCCCCCUCUUUCUUUGAGGAUAAAAAUGCAAAAUCAAAAUGGAGAUUCAAAUUAAGGUUUGAAGGAAUAAACCAAAAAUUGAAAGUUGAAAGGUUAAUUUUUUGGAGGUAGUUUUUAACAAGCUAGUGUGAGGUUCUCUCCAGUUCUGGGUCCUGGUAUACUCAGCUGAAAGUUAACGCAGCUCUCUCCCGCCUCCUCAAAUUGGCAGAGAGGGUGAGAGGGAAAGGGGGGGGGCGAGUAUUUAGCUAAAAUGAAAUGAUAACAAAACAAAAAUAAAAAGGGGAGUAGUAAUGAUCUUUAAAAAUUAGAGGGGGGGGAAUCCCUUUUUAAAAAGAGAAAAAGGGAGGCAAGAUGGCAGUUGCCAUGGCCUUGCAGAGCUGUGAGGGACCACCAACACCAGCUGCAUGGUUUGGCUGGUCCCCACGCCAUCGACACCAGUGCUGCAACUGCCACGGCCACAACAAACAGGGAAGAGCCCAAUGCGAGAACCGAAGAGGCUGCUUGGACCACCCCCUUCCCCAACAAUCUCAGCCCCAGAUCACACCAGCAUGUAACUAUAGUGUAACUAUGAGCUCUGUGAGGAACUUCUUCCUUUUGUCUUCUACCACUCAACUUCAGCUUUCUACCUGGCUCAUCAUCUUCUUUGCUGUUGGGGCCGUAGGGAAGAUCAGGGAUUUCUAAAAGCUAGCCAGGAACCCAGGCAGCUGGUGUGGAGACUUCCAGCCUUGGGAUAGGAAUGUCCUGGUCCAACGUUUCUUCAGAGUUAUUAGUGGUGUGGAAAUCUGCUAGAGGGCCCCACCUGCUUUGGUCCUCGUGUGAUUUUGAGAUCUGGGCAGGGAUCAACCCUGACAGUCUCAAGGACUGUAGCUACUAUUCCCAGAAUUCCCUUUGAGGGACAGUUGAUUAAUAAACCACUCAAGAAAUUGUGAGGAGGAUUGGGUUGUGUGUCUCCUAACAACUCUCAGCACCCUUAACAAACUGAAGCUCCCAGUACACUUUGGAGAAAGCCAUGACUGUUUAAAGUAGUGUCAUAGUGCUUUAAUUGUAUGGUGUGGCUGUGGCCUAAUUUAGGUCCAUUAAUUUCAGUGAGCUUACUCUAAGCAGGAUUUAGCUGAAUGCAACCCAUAGUGUGUUCUGGAACACUGGACUCAUGGAGAUGUCACACUCCCAAUCUUUUAACCUUGCUGGCACAACUCAGUUGAGCAGAUUGUUGAAAGCAGGCAGGAAGGCAAAAUUAAGCAUGGUGCAUAGUGUGUGCGAUGAUAACAACCCUGGGAUAUCAAGCCUAAGAGAACACAUCUAAAUCUUUGGAGCCUCAGCAUUCAAAUUUUGUGAGCCAACAGAUGGACCCUUGUGCAAUAUGGGAAAAUGACAUGUGUAUAUAUAAUUAUAUUGAAAUAAUCAGACUCAAACAUCCUCAAUGUUAAACAAUAAAUUCUCAGCAAGAGGUCAGGGUGUGGGGGGGGGGGUCUGGCUGAGCUUUUUAUAGACCAAACAGCUGCCCCCAAGAGCCAAUGAGAUAUUAAAAUAUUUGGACAUGAUUCAGAUCCAUCUCUCUCUUUGUGGCCCACAGCAUGGAACGAAACCAAGAAAUGGCUGUUUACUGUUGAAUCUCUGCUGUUGCAUAAACAAAGCAGCCAAAAUAUUGCUUCCCUUAGGAUUUCAUGUUUAAGUCAGCAUAGUGGAUAGAUCUCAGUGAUGACAACAAAACAAUUUUUUCAUCUGAAUCAGUGGAAAUUGCUGCAACCGGGUUAUAUUUGGAACAACACAAGCACAUGAUGAAAGGUGUAAAUCUUUUGAAAACUUUUUAAAAUAUGCUGGGGAAUGUUGGGUUAUAGCCUGGAGUCCUGGAUGAUGGUUGGGAACUGAUGGCUCUCCAGAUGGUGUUGUGCUCUGAGCCCCCUUCAGCCCCUGCCAGGGAUGUUGAGAGUCAUAGUCUAAUAACAUCUGAGGAGUCACAGGUUCCCCUUCCCUGCUCUAGAUGAAUAUUACUCUUCCAAAAUGAAGACUUUGAGGCAAAAUAACAACAGUAACCUCAUCAUAACUGAACUAUGUUCCUUCCCGCAUAUCAGGAAGUAAUAGCUUCUAAAUUAAAGCUCCUAAAUUUGGAGUUGUGGCAGGCUCUACCAUAAAGCACAGUGAGGCAACUGCCUCAAGUGGCAGAUGCUGGAAAGCAGCUGCAAUGGUCCUCUGGCUGUCACUCCUAAACCUCCCAGUUAUUUCCCUCUGUUGGAUGACAGCCUGUGUAUGGUAUGUACUCUUGCCUACUCCCUACCCCCAAAAAACCUACCUUAAUGUAGUAGGUACUGUUCUGUUACCAGUAUUGGAGUAAGAUUCAGUGCCAGUCAGUUUCUAUACAUGGAUGGCAUGUGUUCCAUCUAAUCUUUCACCUUUGGGUUGGCUCUGUUUGAGUCAAUAGUGAAGCAAUAAGGCACCAUUCUCCAUUCUGCCCUAUAGUCACUACUUGCAGCGCUGUUUCUGUUCCACUGCAGUUCAUCUUCUGCCAAAAACUACAAUAUUUUUUUCACUGUUCACUGUGGCAAAAUUAUAAAACUUUUGUAAAUUAAUUAACAUAACUAAUUUAUGUACUGUAAAUUACAUUCAGGGCCACCGAGAAAGAGUUCAGGCCCCAGGGUGGGGAAUAAUUCCGGGGCCCCCACCAAGGGUAGAACAGCUAGAAAUCUUUACAUGGGAUAUAAAAUACAUGUGUGCUGUCAUUUGUAUGUUGAUAAUAAAUAUGAUAAUAUUCAUCCCUAUAGAGAAUAUUAAGAUCCUAAUGACUAAUAUAAAUAAUAUAAGCACCCACAUGAUUAUUGCUGAACUAGCCAUACAUUUUAAACAUUAAAUUUGCAUGUGUAACUUAACACAAUAUAUAUCACACAACAACUUUGUUGUGUUUGCAGGGUGUUCAGUUAUGAAAACAUACAAAUGUGAUCGUGUGUAAUUAAGAUGAGACUGCAUUCUACUGGCUAGGCGCAGAAGCAAAUGUACAUGUAGAGUCGGAAAUACUUGGAAAUGCUGAAUUCAUGGCAUGCCAUAUUUCAGAACUGUGCAUGCAUUGAACAUGAAACAUAUAUUUCAUUAAGAAUUAUAUAAAACAUAUGCAAGAUAGCCAGGGGCCCUUCUAGACCACUGGGCCAUUUUAAUUUGUACUGGCUUCCCCCCACCCUUGUCGACAUUGAUUAAAUUGUCAUUACAUUAUUCCACCCCAUUCAUUUCAAUGCAAAGGAGGUGCAAUGCAAAAGGGUGCCGCACAUCAUUUGUGGACUGCACACAACAGUAACGAUGAAUACCUAUUGUAUUCACUAGACUAAGUUCUCUUCCAGAGAUGGGACAAAUAAGUGAACACUGGCAAUUUCAGCUGCCAUUUCCAUUCUCUUCUCCAAUAUGCUCCAACAUUCCUAUCAGUCAGUGAUUCCCCACUGUCAAGCACAGCUCUUUGAAGAGGAGCAUCACCUUCCAGUGGGCCUCUGACCACUAAGGCAGAAUUUCUGAUACGUUACUGGAAACCCACCACUAAGGAAGAUGGGAACUUCUCCAAGUCUCAGGCUGGAUUCCUCUGACUCAUUGAAAUCUGAUUAGGACCCAUAUCAAAUUAGUCUUGCUCAUGCUCUAGAAUUUCCCAGUCGGACUUGCAGUUCAAACAUUACUCACAGUCAGGCCACAGGGCUGACCUUAAUUUCACAGGAGUUGGUCAACUCUGCAUAAGAGAACAGCCUUUUCAUUCCCCUUUGGAUUCACAAAGCAGCCAGAUGUCAAGGCCAGAUUAUACCAUGAAAAGAAUUAAGUGACAAAUGUUUUCCAGAAAUCUGCUACUCCAGGCUGCAGAUUAGUGCAUAGGUGUAAGCGUGCUCAAAUGUCCAUAUACAAAUAGCACAUCAUAAAAAACACGUUUGCCUGACGUGCUAGCUGUCAAUGUACAAGCAGCUAUUUGCUGUUUUUUAUGAAGGGACAUCCAAAUCUCAUGUGCAGCCUGAAAUGGUACAGUCCAGGGAAACCUUUACCACUUUGUUCUGCCAGCUUUGGCAGAAUACCAAAGAGUACAUAUGAUUUCAUGCACAGAAUUCAGCUGAAGUAUUUCAAGGAGUGAUGGAUUUGGGCCCUAUCUUUUGGGAAUGUUUUGGGAAGGAGGGGAGUUAUAAUUUCAAAAGUAUUCUCCUGUUACUGUAACAAUAGCUUUGACUCUGAAUUGACAUUAUUUCACAGAAUCAUAGAAUUGUAGAUUUGGAAGGGGCCACAUGAGGGUCAUCUAGUCCAACUCCCUGCAAUCUUUUUGCCCAACAUGGAGCUCAACCUCACAAUCCUGAGAUUAAGAGUCUCACACUCUACCAACUGAGCUAUCCUAUUUCUCCUAAUGUACACCACAAUUUUGCCUAAGUGAAGCUAACAUGUAGCCAAAUCUGAUCCGUUAAGCAGCAUUGUGUUAUCAUUCUCAUCCAGGUGUCAGUUGCUAAGUUUGCCCAUAGUGAUGUCAGCAUGUAGCCAAAUGUGAUUGGUUAUGCAAUUCUCUAACUGGGCAUCUAACAAAGCCCAUAUGUUGCUCCCAGGGUGGACGGAGCCUUUAACUGGUAUAUAAACAUUGGCACACAGUAUUUUAAACCCAUUUUCAGUGGACAGCUGGACCACUUGGAACUCUGGGGAGAGAGAUACUAUUUCCUCUGCCCUCACAUUUAGACUUGUCAAGACACACAGAGUCAAUCAACCCCUUCUUCUUCCCUUGCUAUUAACUCUAAUAGCUGGCUGGGAGUAGAUAGCAUAUCCUUGCAUCGUCAUCUCUUCCACCCGAGUCUCCUGCAGGCAAAUUACAUGAAACUGCUUAAGAUAUUUUACAAAGCCACUAUCCAUCACUUUGUAUGAGUCAUAAACCCUUUGCUUUUCUUAUUGUCCCAUCGUGGGGAUAUUACAAUCUUUCUGGUGCCUGCUACGUCAAUACAGGGAGCUCUCUGGCGGUCUCCCCAUAGUGCCAGCAUCACUAGGCCUGUCCAUGUCACCAGCUUUACAUCUUGAGAAUACCAAGGUUUUAGCUGUGAAUCUAUUAUGGCACCAGGCAAGUGUCAGUUCCCCUUCCCUAGAUGAAAACCUCCUGGGCUCUGUGGGUUUCUUAGGUUGUGUCUGAGUGUUAUUUGAGAAGGUGACAAACGUUGGAAUCUCAGCUCUCCAUUGCCCCCUCCCUCUGCUGCUUUGACCUCCAUUUCUGGGCCUGGGUCUCGGGCCUCAACUUCAAUAUUGGGGGCCUUCGGUUUCUCUGUCUGUUCCCAAGCUCUGUUUGAUGCCCUUUCAGCUCAGAAAGAAGAUCUCUGUUUGCCAACAAAUAUAUUAGGAACCAGAACCUUGAGACUCAAAAUCAUGAAAAAUCAACUCAGUGCUGCCUCACUGCUUGUAUACAGUAAAGGUAAAGGUAAAAGGACCCCUGACCAUUAGGUCUAGUCGUGGCCGACUCUGAGGUUGUGGCACUCAUCUCGCUUUAUUGGCCGAAGGAGCCGGCGUACAGCUUCUGGGUCAUGUGGCCAGCAUGACUAAGCCGCUUCUGGCAAACCAGAGCAGCGCAUGGAAACACUAUUUACCUUCCCGCCGGAGAGGUACCUAUUUAUCUACUUGCACUUUGACGUGCUUUCGAACUGCUAGGUUGGCAGGAGCAGGGACCGAGCAACGGGAGCUCAUGCCGUCGUGGGGAUUCGAACCAUCGACCUUCUGAUCGGCAAGUCCUACGCUCUGUGGUUUAACCCACAGUGCCACCCGUGUCUCCUUGUAUACAGUACAUCCACCCAAUUACAGCAGAGGUCAUUAUAUAAUUUCAGAUGUGUCCCCAGAAUAUCUUGAAUGUCCUGGAUUAUUUCAGUCUCAGACCUCAGUUCUCCUCUAGAGUUUUGAGCUGACCAAUUGUGUAUGAUGACUUUUGGCCUCAAAUUCUGGGCAGCAUCAUGGUGUUCUGGGUGGGCCCCCUUGAGAUCUGAGUCCUUGGGAGUAGUUUCUAUACCAACCUGUGAACAUUGAGUUGGGGCCCAUUCCCCCUCUGUCACUGGCAGCAUCUCUCCAUGAUGGAAGGAGGGGCUGACUGACUGCCAGGGGAAGAGCGCUGUCAAGUUUGGCACAUCAUGGCACUGGGACGUGCCAACUGAGCUCCUCUGACUUAGCCUCACCUCCAAUUCACUGCUAGGCUCCAAUAAUUCAUCUACUAACAACAGCCUAGGAUCAGAGGGGGUCAAAUCCAAGGUAUUAAAUGAGUCCAAGAUAUUAAAUGUGUUAUCCAGGGCCAGAGAUGCUGAUUUGGACCCCAGACUCAAGACAUCGAUACACGCAUGUGGCCCAGCACCAUAGAGGCGACCUGGUGCUUUAUGAGAGAGGUUGGGGGUGGGGAGUAGGGCUGGAUAAAACUGCCCAUCACUUCUGAUUUGUGAUGCUAUUCGCAGAAAAUGAGCAAGCUCUCAAGGGUGCAAACAGAAGGCGCUUCCUUCUUCACUCCUCAGACUAUUCUCAUCUGUGCUUUUGGGAAGCCAGGAAUGAGGAGCAGGGGGAAAGGAGGUUCUGGCAAUGUUAGUGCAAGCUCCCUCCAUCCUGUUGCUCCCACAGCCUCUGCCUCACCUGCCUUUCUGGCUGCAAAAGUUGCCAGAGUUUCUCCACCCCAACAAGCAGUUUACAGAUGUUUUAGAGCCGGAACAUGUAGGUCCCUGUCCUUUCCACCACCCCAGCUGCUGAGGUCUCUGUGCCAUCCCAAUGCUUACAACAUUUAUCUUACAUUGCCCAUUCAUGGCAAGGUGGAGGAGGCCAGGAGACAGCCUAAGUGCUGCAGAUCUGAAGAGCUGAGUGGGGCAGUUUGCAUCCCCAUAUCCUCUCGAGAUCUACACCCCAAGAGAAGAUGGAAGCUGCCACAACAACCUGCCCAGGGUGCCACAAACGUUUAAAUGCAGUCUUGAUAGCUAUUAUGUUGGCUAUGACUGGUUGGCUAUGACGUCAUAUACCCAAACUAUAUUGUAGCAACAUGUUAUCUUUCUGUUUACUGCUUGCACCCUAAUUGGCCAGUAUCAGCCAAGCAAAUAAUCCUGGAAGGUGAAAACACUAUGUGAGGAAUAAAAAUUGUAGCAGAUCGGAAAACAACGGCAACAAACAACCCUGCAUUAGUUGCCUAAAAAGUAAAAUAGGAGAACAUUUGGUACAGCUCAGUUCUGCAUCUGUUUUAACCCAAAGGUGUAUUCUUUGCUGAAAGAUGCACAGUGUUCAAAAUGCUUUUCAACCUCUGCAAAGGCACAAUAAAAAAGAAUGGGGUUGUAUCCCAUGCUGAUCCUACUCCGAGUAGGCCAACUGAAAUUAAUUGACAUGGCUGGUUUAUGUUCAUUAAUUUUAAUGGGUCUACUCUAAGUAGACUGUGGCACUGUGCAUGCAUACAUUCCCAUUCAUUUGCUGGCUAUAUGCUGGUUGAACUCUAAGUUAUUAAGGGUGGAAGAAGCUGCUUGCUCAUUCUUGCAUUGUGAGCACUCUGAACAAACAUUUCUCACUGAAGUUAUUUUGCUUCUAACUAUGACUCGUCUGUGCCUGGCUUUAGCUGCAGAAAUCGGAAGUCUGUUUUGGCUUUGAGCCACUUUGCUCUUCCCGUUUUAAUUACUUUGGUGGGAGAAAAGCUCGCAAUUCAAUCACAGCUGAAAUUACAAACUGCCUUGGAGCGCUAAGAGCAGAGUCUGGCAGAGACAAUGGCAAUGUGGAAAGAGGGGGGCAUAGCUCAGUGGGAUGCAGCAUGCUUUGCACAGAGAAGGUCCUAUGUUUGAUCCCUGUGAUUUCCACCUCAAAGGCUUCCAGGCAGCAGAGCUUGAAAAGAUUUCUGCUUCCUAUCUUGGAAUGGAUGACUAGUACAAAGUAAACAAAAUAUACAAGGUGGACAGAUAUGCAGCUCAACACAGAUGAGCUAGUGGGGAAAGAAACAGAUCGAGGGGGCUGUUGGUGGUGGUACCUUCCCCCCUGCCAGGGUGCGGGGUUUUGACAGGUGCCCAGCCAUGCCUACCUCUGACGCCAGCCCUGAGCACUUUCUUUUUCAGCCUGAGGGCAGCUUUCCCUCAUGGGGAACCUUCUGGGAGCCCCAUGUCAGUGGUCAGCCGGGCUAGAGCAAUGGCAGGCAGAUCAGUGGAUGUGACUCUCACUUUUCUACAGUGGGCUACGUUCCAUGCAAAAAGGCACAGGUUUCAGCACACACCUUCUUCCAUCUUCCAUUCAGGCAAGCAUGAGGCAUUAUCACAGUUGAGGAAUACAACUGGGCCCCCAAUAAUUAAUUUUGUGCCCUCCAAAUUUGCCGUUUUUAGGGGGGGGCAGUUUGUUUUAAUAGACUGCUCCUAUGGGUCCUCUGCUGUAAUGCUAUUAUGCCAAAAGCUGUGUGUGAAAGAGUGCCAGCCAACCAAACCCCAAAUGACAUUUUCUUUUUUUAAAAAAAGGUCAUACCCAUUAUUACUAUUUGGCCAUACCCACUUUUAUACUUGCCCCAUGCCCAGUUUGACGUGCAAACCCUGGCAGGUUGACCAGGAAUUAAUGUAGCCCUUUGCCUGAAAAGGGUUAGCCACACCUGCUUUAAACCACCUCUUUCAGAUAAAGGGUUCUCUGUGUGGCCAUCCUAAAUGGCAGACAAAUGAAUGGGAGAUGCUUUGGGCACCCCCUAUACUGAGUUCACUCCCUUGACCCUGUAGUGUACCACUUGAGGACAUAAUUAUGCCAUGUGCUUUCCUGCCCCCACCAAUGGCAGCCAGAGAUGAGGAAACCCAUGAUGUGUUGAGUGCAGGCAUUGUGAGAGCUGGGGAAGAAGGCAUGAAGCUGGGAUGUCCUAUGCCUGCUUCACUCCCUCCUGGAAAGAGAUGAGUUUUGCCACAGUUAUACAUGCUCUGGCACCAUCGCUUUUGUUUUUUCCAGGUGCAUGAGAAAAAAGGAAACUGCCUUAUCAGUUUCAGAUUAUGGGUCCAUCUAUCUCAGUAUUGUGUACACUGACUGAAACCAGCUCUCUAGGAUUUCAAACAGGGGACUCUGCCACCCCUGCAACUGAGCUAUUGCGUGUCCUCUUCUUUGGAGCCUUUGAUGGGCUGUUUAUGAUAGUCAAUUUGUUUAAAUUAUCUGAUUUUAAUAGCUUUUUUAUUUGCAUUAGUUGUCUUUUUCAGCUGCCAGGUUACUGAAUAUGUAUGUGACUUCCACUGUUUGUUUAUUAGUGCAUUUAUAUUUCAUUCUAGUUUUAAUCAUUUUAUUGUAAGCCACCUUAAGGCUGUUUUUAUUUAUUUCUGUGGAUAGUUCUAUCCCACAAGGCAUGAGAGGGAAGGCAAGAAGUAAUUGAAGAAAUGAGUAGCUAAGUAAAUAAUGCAUGGACCUGCCUUAUAAAACGUUGACUGAUCCAGAAUACAUCAGCUAGGUUAAACACUCAGACUCACCAGAAAUUUAUUUGGGGAAGACAAGAACUGUAGCUCAGUGGAAAAGAAUUUGCUUUCCAUGCAGAAGUUCUCAGGUUCAGUCCCCGGGCCUCUGCAGGUAGCCCAGAAAUGUCCUCUGUCUGCACCCUUGGGAGCAGGUGCCAAUCAGCUGCCUGGUUUGCAUGUCACAGUAAGUCAAAACAUGUUUUAGUGUGGAUGUGCAAGUGUGCGGCCUCCUAGGAAGGAGAUCACAGCUGCUUCACUGCUCCUUAGCUAUUCUGCUACUGCACCAUGCUGAGCUAAGCCAUAGCUGGAUUUGAACAUCGUAUGAGCAUUGGCUCAUGGUUUACCUUUUUCCAGACUUAACCACCAGCUGUAACCAAGAUUUGUGGAUUUAGUCUCUGUGAAAUGUGUGUGCCUAGUACCAGCAAUGUCAUACCCUCCAACAUUUCUCCUUCCUCCUGCUUCAUCUGAGUAAUGUUGGAGGCUAUGCUGCCCCUUUGCCAUAUGUGUUUCUGCCCCCCCCCCAGUUCUUAAUCCCCCCAGCUGACCUUCAUUGUCCCCCACUUGUUUGGUGUCCCUCAGCCACCACACAGAACAUUUCCUACCAGAGGAAGGGUGAGUGCCAGCACCACAUCAACGGGUUGCAGCACACUCAUUACCUGAACAGGUACUUCUGGGAGUGGGACGCCUUCCACCCACCCACUCAUCCCUUCACAAUAUGGGAUUAUGUGAUGAGUGGAUGGGUAUCUGUGUCUGAGUGUGUGUCCGUCUCUCUUCUGCCCGGCAGCUGCCCCUGUGUUUCUGUGUUUGUGUUUCUGCUGCCUCACCCUAUGCAUUCUCACUCCCCCUCUUGACCCACCAUUUUUGUUCCCCACCCUGCAGAGCAUUUUAGUGAGAGAGUUAUGCAUGUGCUUCAGUCUCCCGCAGUGAAAUAAACAGGACUUAGAAGCUAAGCUUUAGCCAUCUUGAUCUCCAGAGAGGUAAUUGAAUAAUGUGGUGCUGGUGGGCACAAUCAAAAACUUUAUCCCCUGCCAUCACUUUUUUUCUUAACUAGUUGAUAAUCAGGAAUUGUGCUUCUAUUAUUUCCAGUAAUGGUUCAUAUAUUUUCAAUUCCAGGUUCUUUCUUUCCCGAGAGCAAGCCCUCAGAGACAAUUUUUAAAAUCGCAUUUUGGCUGGGAUACCUGAACAGCUGCAUCAACCCCAUCAUCUACCCUUGUUCAAGUCAAGAGUUUAAAAAGGCAUUCCAGAAUGUUCUAAGGGCCCAGUGCCUCCCACCACGGAGGUACUCAGCCAACAAAUAUUCCCUUAGCUUCAACCUCAAUCAUGCUAGCAACCACGUUGCCGAAGCUCCAAAAGACGUUGUCCGCAUCCCUGUCGGCUCCGGAGAAACCUUCUAUAAGAUUUCCAAAUCGGACGGUGUCUGCGAGUGGAAGCUCUUCUCGGCCAUGCAGAGUGUGUCCACCAAGAGCACAGCCUCCAGGGAUAAGGCCAGCUGUGUGACAGCCAAAGUCAAGAGCAAAGGUUUCCUGCAGGUGUGCUGCUGUGCAAGAACAUCAGGGAAAAGCAUGGCAAAGGACCAGAAAGUGCCCACCAUUAAAAUACACACUGUCUCUGUCAGCGAUAACGGAGAGGAUAUUUAAAGGCAUCCAUCAUUCCGGUGGGACCAGAAGAGGUUUACAUGCAGUACUUCAAUAUGGGCAACUAAGGAGGAGGCUGCUUUUAAUGGGGUAAUACAGAAUGCCAGCAAGGGAAUGAUGCUAACGUAGAACAAAGCAUGUGAGCUUCGACUGAAUCCAAGUUAUUGAGGGAAUCUCAGGCAAGGUGAUUUGAAUCCUAUUGAAAUAUGUGGGGUUCCGAAAUGGGACCACUUGAGGCUGGACUUCUUCAAGCGAUUCUGCUAUUAUUUCCUUGCUAUUUUCAAAGCUCUGAGGUUCAGUUAGUUUUAUUUACAAUUGUUUAGCCAUUGCGCUCUUAACUUUGGGGGUGGGGUGGAGGAAAGUGUUGUGGCGUGUCCGACAAUAGAAAUCUAUGAAUAUCUGUUAUUGGUUUCAACAGAGGGACUUCUUUCUGGCUCUCAGCUUUUAUGUCGUGGAGUAACUUCAUACACUUAAAGGGGGAAUUUGACAAGGCAGAACCAUGAGUUAAUUGGAGAAAUGUGAUGGUCUUUUAACUUGACUCCUUUCUUUUUGUUGAUUCCAGUCCUGUGAAACUUUGAACCAUAUAGCUAAAAAGACACCAAAAGGGUAAGGGUGGGGGACUUCAGUCCCAGGAGCAGAAUGCAACCCCCUAGGCCUCUCCAACCAGCCUUUGGGGCUCUUCCUGUGGUACAUCUCUUCACCCAGGCCUCUAGUUGGCCCUGCUCCAUACAUCCCUUAAUUGUUUUUGCCAGGCUGGAAUAUGUCAUUGAACUGUGAUAAUGCCUUUUGCUUGCCUGGAUGGAGAGGUCUGGGGACAGGGGACCUCUGGCUGGAAUAUAGUCUACUGCACAAAGACAAGGCACAGCCAUUGUUCCUCCACUUUUGCCUCUGGCCCUGCCCACUACUGGCAUGUGGCCACUGGAAGGUUGUCCAUGGAGAAAUGCAGCCCUCGAGGAUGCAGGGGGGGGGGAGCUUUCCCACCUUUGCAAUAGGGAGUACACAGCUCAGACCUGGCCCUGAUUCUGCACUUGGCAACAACUGUUCAGAAGCUUGUGUACCCUUCAUAUGGAUGGCAGACUUGCUGAGAACGGCUCCUUCAUCCCAUGUGGUCAAAAUGUGGGAGGGGAAACACUACAAUCACAUAGGCAAGGAAAUCAUAUGGGGGUCUAUGAUAACAAACCAGUGUGCUCCCUCCUUCUGGGGUGCUAAUCAAGUGGAGUAAUCCAUAUGAUUAGUUCUGGGCAUGUAGUUAUAAUAUUCACUCAUGGGACAUCAUCAAAGAGAAGCAGCUCCCACAAUUUGUGGUGCAGAUGUGAAGUGGGUCUUAUUCCCUCUCCCUCUCAUAGGGACCAUUUCCUUAUUCCGAAAACAUUUGCAAAAAUCUCUGUGUAUCAUUUUGAAGCUUUACCUUCUCUGUGUUCCUCUUCGUUGCCUGCCUUGUAGUACAUUCAUUUUUGAAGUGCAGCAUGUAAUGGUGGAAAAUAUUUUGUAGCAAAAGAAUGUACCUUUGUCAUAAUAAUGAUGCCAAGAAACUGCCCUCUGGGUUUGUGGGGCAAUUCCCAGCCCCUUCAUCAACACCAGUUGCCUUUCCUUUGUACUUGUUUGACUCCAUCCCAUCCCAGGGGCCACACCUGUUCCUUCAAUAGCCUACCUCUACAGACUUCAGGUCAUUCAAUCCCUUUUUUGCUUCCUUUUGGGAUUUCCAACCAUUAUUGUUGUCAUACCCACUCACUUAGGGUACACGUGCAAUGUGAAAUAAUUGGAAACUGUGGAGAUUCAUAUUGCAAGGUUGCACUGCAACACUGGUCCAUGAGGGCAAAUGGGGCACUGCCCUCAGCCAGCCCCUACCUGCCUGACUUCUUACAUAUCAACCACCCCAAGGGGAGGCCUGUGCUGUUAGCUCCCUCCUCUUUGGUCCCUGCAGAAGUCAGCAGGGAGGAAUCAUAGAAUCAUAGAGUUGGAAGAGACCACAAGGGCCAUCGAGUCCAACCCCCUGCCAAGCAGGAAACACCAUCAGAGCACUCCUGACAUAUGGUUGUCAAGCCUCUGCUUAAAGACCUCCAAAGAAGGAGACUCCACCACACUCCUUGGCAGCAAAUUCCACUGUUCUUCCUAAUGUUUAGGUGGAAUCUUCUUUCUUGUAGUUUGGAUCCAUUGCUCCGUGUCCGCUUCUCUGGAACAGCAGAAAACAACCUUCCUCCCUCCUCUAUGUGACAUCCUUUUAUAUAUUUGAACAUGGCUAUCAUAUCACCCCUUAACCUCCUCUUCUCCAGGCUAAACAUGCCCAGCUCCCUUAGCCGUUCCUCAUAAGGCAUCGUUUCCAGGCCUUUGACCAUUUUGGUUGCCCUCCUCUGGACACGUUCCAGUUUGUCAGUGUCCUUCUUGAACUGUGGUGCCCAGAACUGGACACAGUACUCCAGGUGAGGUCUGACCAGAGCAGAAUACAGUGGCACUAUUACUUCCCUUGAUCUAGAUGCUAUACUCCUAUUGAUGCAGCCCAGAAUUGCAUUGGCUUUUUUUUAGCUGCCGUGUCACACUGUUGGCUCAUGUCAAGUUUGUGGUCAACCAAGACUCCUAGAUCCUUUUCACAUGUACUGCUCUCAAGCCAGGUGUCACCCAUCUUGUAUUUGUGCCUCUCAUUUUUUUCCCCAAGUGCAAUACUUUACAUUUCUCCCUGUUAAAAUUCAUCUUGUUUGUUUUGGCCCAGUUCUCUAAUCUGUCAAGGUCGUUUUGAAGUGUGAUCCUUUCCUCUGGGGUGUUAGCCACCCCUCCCAGUUUGGUGUCAUCUGCAAAUUUGAUCAGGAUGCCCUUGAGUCCAUCAUCCAAGUCGUUGAUAAAGAUGUUGAAUAAGACCGGGCCCAAGAUGGAGACAAAACCAGAAUUAGUUGGCUCUGCCUUUCAUUGUUCUGGCUCCGUGUACCAUUGGCCUCCCUGCCUUCCACCCUACCAGUCCAAAUGGGCACUAGCCAGCACUGCACUGCAAGGCAGCCUUUUGUAAUUAUCACUUGCAGAAUUGUGGAGCAGCAGGAUUUACUAAGGCACCAAUGAAAGAGAGGUUCAGAUCCAUGUGAUGUGGGUUAUUCAUGAUGGGGAUACUUGUUGAACCAUUGAUAAGACUAGGGUUUAAGGCAACCUUUGCUACAAGUCAACAUUAAAGAUUCAGUCUGUUUAAAU